CCCUCUCUCCCUCCUUUCCCCUGUGUCCCUGGUUAGCCUGGUCCCCUCUCUCCCUCCUUUCCCCUGUGUCUCUGGCUAGCCUGGUCCCCUCUCUCCCUCGUGUGCCUGGCUAGCCUGGUCCUCUCUCUCCCUCCUUUCCCCUGUGUCCCUGGCCAGCCUGGUCCCCUCUCCCUCCUUUCCCCUGUGUCUCUGGCUAGCCUGAUCCCUCUCUCCCUCCUUUCCCCUGUGUCCCUGGCCAGACUGGUCCCCUCUCUCCCUCCUUUCCCCUGUGUCCCUGGUUAGCCUGGUCCCCUCUCUCCCUCCUUUCCCCUGUGUCCCUGGCCAGCCUGGUCCCUCUCUCCCUCCUUUCCCCUGUGUCUCUGGCUAGCCUGAUCCCUCUCUCCCUCCUUUCCAUACAGACCCCCUAUGGUGGGCGCCGGGUGCAUUGUGGGAGUCCGUGCCAUGGAGACGGGGAAGCCUGUGUGGUUCGCCGUGUCCCCGGUGCGGGGCCGGGAGCUGGGGCUCGGGAUCUCCCUCGUGUUUUUCUUGCUGUGCAUCCCGGGCCCCGGACACAGCUUCUCCAUCCCCUUCCAGCGGCCCGGGGACUGCGGCCUCCGGCAAUACUAUGACCGAGCCAGCCUGUCCUGCCAGCAAUGCCCGGACACCAUGCGGCCCGGCCCGGAGGGUAAAUAACAAACACCGCCGUGUACCUACCGCCAUAUACCGGCUAACCACCCACCGCCGUGUACCUACCGGCUAACCACCCACCAUCCUGUACCAGUCACCGGGGAGGGUAUAAUAUCCACCCACCAUCCUGUACCAGUCACCGGGGGGGAUAUGAUAUCCACCGCCAUCCUGUACCAGUCACCGGGGAGAGUAUAAUAUCCACCCUACCAUCCUGUACCAGUCACCGGGGAGGGUAUAAUAUCCACCCUACCAUCCUGUACCAGUCACCGGGGAGGGUAUAAUAUCCACCCACCAUCCUGUACCAGUCACCGGGGAGGGUAUAAUAUCCACCCACCAUCCUGUACCAGUCACCGGGGAGAGUAUAAUAUCCACCCACCAUCCUGUACCAGUCACCGGGGAGAGUAUAAUAUCCACCUACCAUCCUGUACCAGUCACCGGGGAGAGUAUAAUAUCCACCCACCAUCCUGUACCAGUCACCGGGGAGAGUAUAAUAUCCACCUACCGUCCUGUACCAGUCACCGGGGAGAGUAUAAUAUCCACCUACCGUCCUGUACCAGUCACCAGGGAGAGUAUAAUAUCCACUCACCAUCCUGUACCAGUCACCGGGGAGAGUAUAAUAUCCACCCACCAUCCUGUACCAGUCACCGGGGAGAGUAUAAUAUCCACCCGCCAUCCUGUACCAGUCACCGGGGAGAGUAUAAUAUCCACCUACCGUCCUGUACCAGUCACCGGGGAGAGUAUAAUAUCCACCUACCGUCCUGUACCAGUCACCAGGGAGAGUAUAAUAUCCACUCACCAUCCUGUACCAGUCACCGGGGAGAGUAUAAUAUCCACCCGCCAUCCUGUACCAGUCACCAGGGAGGGUAUAAUAUCCACCCACCAUCCUGUACCAGUCACCGGGGAGGGUAUAAUAUCCACCCACCAUCCUGUACAAGUCACCGGGGAGGGUAUAAUAUCCACCCACCAUCCUGUACCAGUCACCAGGGAGGGUAUAAUAUCCACCAACCAUCCUGUACCAGUCACCAGGGAGGGUAUAAUACAGGGAGGGUAUAAUAUCCACCUACCAUCCUGUACCAGUCACCAGGGAGAGUAUAAUAUCCACCUACCAUCCUGUACCAGUCACCAGGGAGAGUAUAAUAUCCACCAACCAUCCUGUACCAGUCACCGGGGAGGGUAUAAUAUCCACCUACCAUCCUGUACCAGUCACCAGGGAGAGAAUAAUAUCCACCUACCAUCCUGUACCAGUCACCAGGGAGAGUAUAAUAUCCACCUACCAUCCUGUACCAGUCACCAGGGAGAGUAUAAUAUCCACCAACCAUCCUGUACCAGUCACCGGGGAGGGUAUAAUAUCCACCUACCAUCCUGUACCAGUCACCAGGGAGAGAAUAAUAUCCACCUACCAUCCUGUACCAGUCACCAGGGAGAGUAUAAUAUCCACCUACCAUCCUGUACCAGUCACCGGGGAGGGUAUAAUAUCCACAUACCAUCAUGUACCAGGCAUCAAGGAUGGUAUAGUAACCAUGUAUGCUGUUGGGAAGUGGUGGCUAUAUUAAUGCCAAAUGGGUCAUUACAUGAAUGACUUAAUGACUACUGGAGGUUUUAGAUCUGUGCAAAACAAAGAUACAUGCACUCAUGAAAUAGUGGUUAUGGCAAUCUGUGCCAACCAUGGCUAUAGGCACACUCUAGGUGGGAGUUUUUUAUAUACCAUUACUGCAGGUAUUCUGAGUACUAAAAUAGUUAAAUAAAAAGUAUGGCAAUCCAUUCAAAUUUAACUAUAUCUAAAGCACUCAUUGGCACUAGAGAUGUCGCGAACCGUCCGCGAACUUCUUGCGAACAGUUCGCCGCCGUUCGCCACGAGCUGUUCGCGGCGAACUCCGGUCAGCUGACACGUCCCGGCCAAUCUCCAGCAGACCCUCCCUCCCAGACCCUCCCACUUCCUGGACAGCAUCCGUGCUGUCCUGGAAGUAGGAGGGUCUGGGAGGGAGGGUCUGCUGGAGAUUGGCCGGGAAGUGUCAGCUGACCGGAGUUCGCCGCGAACAGCUCGUGGCGAACCGUUCGCGAGAAGUUCGAGGACGGUUUGCGACAUCUCUAAUUGGCACUGUUUUCACUCAUUAUGGGAGUGUUAUACAAGUCUACGCAAGCCAUGGAUCUAGGCACUGAAGUUAUGGGAGUGUAGUAUAGAUCUAUGCAAACCAUGACUAUAUACUGCCUAACAUUUCAAAAGGGCAAAGAAGGACACUUGAUUUUUAGUUGUGCGAGUAGCAGUGUGGUCAGGGGCAACUCUUUUGUUGCGACAUUUUAGGUGAUUUACCUAAUAAUGUAUUCGGCUAUAAUUUAGAUCAAAAACAAUGUAUCUUAUUUACAAAGACUGAUUUCUAAACACAGUUAUUGUGGUCUAAAGACACAUUACUGGGCGUAUCAUUGCUGUGGAGCUCUGUUAUACACUGAGAUACACAAAGAAUAUUGAUCUCCUAGAAAAGAGGGACAUUAGGAUAUAAAAGAUGGACAGAGGGAUUUGUGCCGAAAAUAGGGACACUCAGAGGGUAUGUGAAUAUAGACACUCAGAGUAUGGUCAUUUUAUAUAGGCACCCAGAGUUUGGGCAUGUUAUAUAGAUCUCUGCCAACCAUGGAUAUAUUCAUUCGGAGUCUUGAAGUGAUGUAUAGAUGUAUGCAAACCAUUUGUAUAGACACCAAUAUUAUGGAAGUAUUAUAUAGAUCUCUGCCAACCAUGGAUAUAUUCAUUCAGAGUCUUGAAGUGAUGUAUAGAUGUAUGCAAACCAUUUGUAUAGAUACCAAUAUUAUGGAAGUAUUAUAUAGAUCUCUGCCAACCAUGGAUAUAUUCAUUCAGAGUCUUGAAGUGAUGUAUAGAUGUAUGCAAAUCCUUUGUAUAGACACCAAUAUUAUGGAAGUAUUAUAUAGAUCUCUGCCAACCAUGACUAUAGACACCAAGAUUAUGGGGGUGUUAUAUAUACAUGCCAACCAUGACUUAUAGGCACUUAGAGUUUAGGAGUGAUAUAUAGAUUCAUGCAAAUCAUGGCAGUAUUGUACAUAUGCCUGCCAGCUAUAACAUUAAGCAUUCAGCGUGUGGGAGUGUUAUACAUUCAGAUCUGAAACAUUUCAAUAGAAAACAUGGAAUUUAUUUGAAGUUAUUGAAUAGAGUAGCUCUAUACACUCAUUAUAUAAGAGUGAAAUGCAUAGUAUACAGAAACAGCUAUAUGUAAAACAUGGCUAGUGUAUAAUAGUGUAAUAGGCAGAACUAAAGUUAAAGGCUCACUCCAUUGCUCAAAUUUAAAUAAAAAUCACUAUUUAGUAGAUAUACUCCGACAGAAGCCAUGUAUGCAUUUAAUAUUGCAUUUUAUUUCCAUCCCAUUGUACAGCGCUGCAGAAUUUUGCUGGCGCUAUAUAAAUAAUAAAAUAAUAAUAAUAAUUUGGGGCAUAUCUAAAACAGCUUGCAAAAGCUGCAUAUCUCUUGUCCUCCCAUUGUAACCCAGCCUAGACUUUAUGUGCCUGUCCCAUCAUUGGCCCAAUGCAGCUCAAUGAGAAGUCUUUGCAACGUGCUCUGCGGAAUGCCUGCCUCUUGAGUUAGAUUUGAUGAGAUAAACUACCAGGGAUUUACAAGACCAGUUGUCUGAUUGACAGCCAAGGUAGUGUAAGAAGGUCAAUUUAAAAAAGUACCAAUUUCUAUUAAAACCUGCACUUCUACACUUUUUGCAAAUUGAAAAGGAGGACUGAAGAGCUUUAGGUGUUUAGGCUGUUCCUUUAGUUUAAUUUUGAACAGUAUUACAUUUCAUUAUAUUGGCAUCAGCUAAAACUUUAUGUUUUUAUCAGGUACUUCAUGUGUGUGUCUUCCUGGAUACAAGUUGCUGUCUAGUCAUGGCCCUGUGGGGGCCUGUCUGAAGUGCCCUGGGAAUAUGGUAAGCAUUUUACUUUCAGGGCUACCAAAUAAGUUGUGAAUUGCUGGGAAUUUAAAGUUAAUUUAACAUUUUAAGCCAAAAAAAUCUGCUACCCUGCUGCCACCACUACCCCACCCCUUUUAAAAAUGAGCAUUUCAUAAAGCAGCGAUCGACAAAUCCCAGGCGCCAUGUCGCCAUGGCGACUAGAAAUUUCACCCUGGCGUCUUGGAUUUGUCAGCCCUAAGGUGGCCUCCGAGGGAGCUUUGAAGGCGGCCGCUGCGGGGACCAAUCGAGCCACCGGAGCAUAGAGGAGGCCGGCAGAGAGAGCAUUGGAGCCAGCAUGCGAGGAUGCAGUAAUCUUCCUGCGGCUCCUCUCAGCUCCUUUGCCCGCUGUUUAGGAAAACCGGAGCAAGAAUAUGUCGUCACUCCAGCCCCAGCAUCACUACUGAGAGCGCAGAGAGGAGCAAAGAGGAACAGCUGUAAAAUUAGAGAGCAUCCCCACUGGACCCCAGUGAAGAUCCACUCAGCUCUCCCAAAGGUAGGACAGCUAGGUGAAUUUAAAUUAAAACAAAAAUGUCAGUCUGUGAGUGUGUGAGAAAAUGUGUGUAUGUGUGAAUGUCAGUAAGUGGUGUGUAUGUGUGUCUCUGUCAGAGAGUGUGUGUAUAUGUCUCUGUCAGAGAGUGUGUCUACUUCAGUCAGCGAGUGUAUGCCUGUCAGUGUGUGUGUCUGCCUCUGUCAGAAAGUGUGAGCCUUUCAGUGUGUCUGAGCUGUGAGCCUGUCAGUGUGUGUGCGUCUGUCUGUCAGUGUGUGUAUCUAUUUAGGUACCUGCCCCCUCUAAUCGCAUAAGAAAGGUGUUUUUACUCACAUGCUGUGCCAGUUUUGCUGCGGCUGAUCCCGCCUCCAUGGCUGAGAUUCUUCCUAUGAAGGUCUCCCAGGAUCCUCCAUAAACAUCAGUGUUAUACUCGUACACAUGCACGAGAGUACAGCACUGAAGUCGGCUUCUGGUAAUUGAGAAUAUUAGACUGGUCCCACCCGUACAGGCAAUCCAGAUCCAAAGUGCCAGCAAAUUCCCUCUGCACAAGAGAUACAGCAACCCCAUGAUCGUUUCAACCUUGUAAGGCAUCAUCAGUGAGGUAAAGCCAAUAUCCCUCUAGGCACCGUGAGCAAGUGGUACCACGUCUGGAUUGCCCUUUAAACUUAAGGAGAGAAAAACAAGUAGCAAGAGAGCUGAGAACGGACAACAACUCAAUUAGCCUGCCCUUCGGUGGAUCCCCGCUCAGAUCUCAAGCUGGUCUUAGCUCAUCUUGUGCCAUUACAGAAAGAACAUAUCUGAAGCAUAUCAGACUGGUCCCACCCGUACGGGCAGUCCAGAUCCGAAAUGCCAGCAAGUUCCCAUUGCACGAGAGAUACGGCAACCCCAGACGAUCGUUUCAACCUUAUAAGGUAUCAUCAGUGAGGUAUAACCAAUAUCCAUCUAGGGUCCACGUCUGGACUGCCCUUUAAACUCAAGGAGAGAAAAACAAGUAGCAAGAGAGGUGAGAACGGACAACAGCUCAAUUAGCCUGCAUUUCGGUGCGUCCCCGCUCAGAUCUCAAGCUGGUUUUAGCUCAUCUUGUGCCAUUAUAGAGAGAUAUCUGAAGCAUAUCAGACUGGUCCCACCCAUACGGUUAGUCCUGAUCCGAAAUGCCAGCAAGUUUCCUCUGCAUGAGAGAUACAGCAACCCCAGGCAAUUGUUUCAACCUUGUAAGGUAUCAUCAGUGAGGUAUAGCCAAUAUCCCUCUAGGCACCGUGAGCAAGGGGUCCACAUCUGGAUUGUCCUUUAAACGUAAGGAGAGAAAAACAAGUAGCAAGAGAGGUGAGAACCGACAACAGCUAAAUUAGCCUGCCCUUCGGUGGGUCCCUGCUCAGAUCUCAAGCUGGUCUUAGCUCAUCUUGUGCCAUUACAGAAAGAACAUAUCUGAAGCAUAUCAGACUGGUCCCACCCGUACGGGCAGUCCAGAUCCGAAAUGCCAGCAAGUUCCCGUUGCACGAGAGAUACGGCAACCCCAGACGAUCGUUUCAACCUUAUAAGGUAUCAUCAGUGAGGUAUAACCAAUAUCCAUCUAGGGUCCACGUCUGGACUGCCCUUUAAACUCAAGGAGAGAAAAACAAGUAGCAAGAGAGGUGAGAACGGACAACAGCUCAAUUAGCCUGCAUUUCGGUGCGUCCCCGCUCAGAUCUCAAGCUGGUUUUAGCUCAUCUUGUGCCAUUAUAGAGAGAUAUCUGAAGCAUAUCAGACUGGUCCCACCCAUACGGUUAGUCCUGAUCCGAAAUGCCAGCAAGUUUCCUCUGCAUGAGAGAUACAGCAACCCCAGGCAAUUGUUUCAACCUUGUAAGGUAUCAUCAGUGAGGUAUAGCCAAUAUCCCUCUAGGCACCGUGAGCAAGGGGUCCACAUCUGGAUUGUCCUUUAAACGUAAGGAGAGAAAAACAAGUAGCAAGAGAGGUGAGAACGGACAACAGCUAAAUUAGCCUGCCCUUCGGUGGGUCCCUGCUCAGAUCUCAAGCUGGUUUUAGCUCAUCUUGUGCCAUUCAGAGAGAACAUAUCUAAAGCAUAUCAGACUGGUCCCACCCAUACAGGCAGUCCAGAUCCGAAAUACCAGCAAGUUCCCUCUGCAUGAGAGAUACAGCAACCCCAGGCGAUCGUUUCAACCUUGUAUCAGGCCAUGCUGUUUUCUUUACUGUAUCUUUGCUGUGGCAGCAAAGACUUUCUUAAAAUGACUUGGAUUUUUAACAGCUGCAGUUCAGGUGGAUAUUGUUUGAGGUGACCACAAGUGUGUUACCUAUGACAUUUCUGACGUUUAUUCAUAAAUCUCUACACCAAAUUAUAGUGAAUUGAAAUCCAAACUGCAAAUAUUGCUGACAUUCUCCAAUUUGGCUUAAGAAACAGAUUGACUACUUUAGCCUAAAUUCAGAUUUCAGUUCGGUAUAAUUGGUAGUUUCAUGAAUAACAAACCUCUUUGUCUUUUCUUACCUGUUGAUAUUUUAGGGUGUUACGUCAGAUGGCUGGGAUUGUAUUCACUGUCCCAAUGGACUAACCCUCAGUGGAAACUGCCAGUGCUCACCAGGAUACAUUUUAAGUAAGUAAUAUAUUUACUGACAUGAGCCCCCCUCCUGCUGGGCUGCAGGGUUAAAACUAGAGGGACCUGGCACCCAGACCACUUCAUUGAGCUGAAUUGGUCUGGGUGCUUAUAGUGGUCCUUUAAGCAUAUUUGCAUUUUAGAGAUUUGUAGAGUUAUUUACUAAAUGUGAAUUUUCAGGAAAUCAAAUAGAUUUUUUUCCAAUUCUGCUGUUUUCGCCUAAAAUUAACUCGUAUAACAAAAUACCCAAAUUCCCCCACAUUUUCACUUUAGUAGAUGUAACGGCACCCCCAGGCAUAAAAAGGUUAAACCGCCGUUUAGUAGAUCUUCCCCUUCCAGAGAUACAGGCACAGCUACUGCAGAACACCAAACUCCCAAACCGCAUGUAAGGGAAUGCUCCAAACUCCCGAACUGCAUACAAAAUAGCACUCCAGAACUGGAACCUCACGAAUAGCUGCUAGCUGACGAAUAGGAAAAGCACUCAAGCGGCUUACACUCCUAGCAAUCAGUCUCUAUCUGCAUACAGUAAAUCCCCCCAAGAACGAGACAGAGCUCCGUGUUGAGGGUCAAGCAGUGGUCUGGUUUAAUGAGGGCUACCUGCCCAGUAUGUAUGCAGGUCUCCCACCUGGUGGACACUCCCCUAGGGGACCAAAUGGGAGACUGUGACAAAGGACAGACGUGAACCAAUGACAGACACACAGAGAUAAAACAUCCCCACAAUGCAUCCUAACCUCCCUCCCUCUGUCCUGGUGAUAAUUGGGAAGUAAUCCAAUUAUCUCCCAGGACAGAGGCAAAACUCUAUUACCCACAUGGCAGUAAAAGACAUAAAAAUGUAUAAAGUUACAACUGUUGCACAAAACAUAUACAUUUUACCUAUCCCCAGAUAGCUUAGAUCUGAGCGCACAAAAGUACCGAAUAGCGCUCAGAUCCUAUGCACACAGUCCAAUCGCUGUGGAGUUAAAGUGUUCACAAAGUCUGUUCUCCAUACGAAUAGACUCCACGGGAUGGGUAUCUGGGGUAAUGCUGUUCAUAUGGUUUAAACUACCGAAUGAACAGGCAUCCGGUUAAAUGACCGAAUGCAGAAGCAAGGAGGCUGACGUCUCAGCGGUGUUCGCGCAGAUAAGUGUCCGUUUCCAGUUCCAUAGUAUUUGCGCUGAACACCGUUGGCCAUUCGGGACUUUAAAAUGGCCGCCGCCACGUGUUUGGCAAACGAACAAAGGCCACCCAGCAUUUGUCAAUUAAGCUGUGGUUAACCACAGCUUCUGGGAGGUAAAUUGCCCACACACUCCAGCUCCCAGGUGGUCCAGUCAUUCGUGUGUUAGUUCGGUAGAGUGAAUCUACCGACCGCCAGGCAGAAAGGCACGAAUAAGCCUUUUCUGCAGGGGAAAAGAAGGCUUUUAACAUGGGGCCAUAGUCCAAAGGCAACAGGCGAGCAACCAGGCUUCUCCAAUGCAAUGUGGCGAAAUUGGUCUCGUCACAGUAGAUAACCCUGUCGGUUUCCAUUUUUUAUGCCCUUUUUGUUAUCUUUUGCUUGUAAUUAUGUUGCAACAUAUCAAUAGCUGAAAAUGCUGCACGCUUGUGUCUAAAAUAUAUACAUGUGUAAUAGGUGAGGUCAUUUGGUUAAUAUGCUGACUACAGUGCCUGAUCGAGUCUCACAAUCACAAGUCAAAGUCGUCAGCCAUCCUUUUUUCUGUGUUUCGUAAAAUGAGAGCUGUAAAAUGUUUAAAUUCUGCAAGGGGAAAAAUGUAAACCAAUUUGAAUUUUAUUGAUAAAUAAGGAUAUUACAUUUAAACCUCAGAUCUUAAUAUUUAUUUUCAGUUGAAAGAGAUUUUAAUGGUACCUUGCUAAAUAAGGCUGUGUGUGUUGAUUGUGAUGAGAACGAGCCAUCUUUCACAUCAUCCAAUGCAUUUGGAGACAGGUAAAUGCAGAACACCUAUGUGUUUAAUUCACAUUUUCUAAAGAAAGGGAGUUUGUUAGUGCUCUAGCUUUUUCUAUCACUUUUUACCCAAUAAUGCCAAGAGUAGGAUCAUAUAUGUAUUAUAUACUGAGAACUGUUUAUUAUACUCCUAUCAGGUGCAAAGUAGUUUUAUCCAGUGGUCUAAUGCACAGUUAGCUUGUCAGUGCCCAUAUAAAUCAUUAUAUUGCUAUAUUAGAACACAAAGUUAAAAUGGCUUGUUACCUGCGGAAAUUUAAUUAACAAGUACCUGAGAAUGCAUAUAGUGUAAAUUACAAUGCCAAGCUAUAUAAUAAUAAUCAUUAAAUCUAAGGAAAUAGCACUUGUUUACUGAUUUGUUUGCUGCAGAAUCAAAUUCAGUUUUCACAUACAGCAUGUGUUAGCUUUAGGCUACCUCUGAUUACCUCAGUUACUCUGUGCUAGCAUUGCUAAUAUUUUGUCUGCUUCUUUAGGUGUGAAAGAUGCCACGACACCUUUAUCAACAGGAGUAACUCCUGCAGCUGCCAGCAACCAAAUAUUUUGGUAAGAGCUGUUUUCAUCUCAAUAAACAAUGCUGAUAUCUAUGUUAUGUGUUUGCUAGACUUAGAUAGACAUCUGGUAAUUAUUUUCAGUUGCAAAUAUAAAAAAAUAGCUGUUUCUGUUUGCCAUUUCCAUAACUAUUAUGACUAGACUGAAUAGUCGACACAAUGAUCUCUACAGAAGUAGAUCCCCGGCUUAUUUAGAAAUAUAACCUUUAACUGGCAAAGAACAAUGGUAGUUCUAGUACCACAGCAUCUUGUGGUUUACCAUUUGGGAAACCAAUAAUCUAUAGAAUAUUGGACUAUUGUAAUAUUCCAUACUUGUAGAAUCUUACAUUGUGGUUACAGGGUUCUUCACUGUUUUUUUUUCUAGGCUGGAGGCAUAUGUUUCAGUAGAGCAAACAAUUUUCUCUCUAGAGUCCUCCCUACAAUUAGAUUUGGACACUUGGUGAGUUUUCAUGAUUUGCUUAAAAAUAUCGUGAAUGUUUCUUGUAAUAUCUGUGUCAAACUAUUAUUGUUUUUCUUUUAUUCUUCCAGGGUGUAAUGUUGAGAUCCGAAUGGCUUUCUCUUCAUUUACAGGCAUCAGCAGCAGCUUGUUUGGUAAGGCUGUUUGUAUUUUUUUCCCAUAUAUUUUUUUUAAAUGUUCAUCGUAGAAUCGAGUGACCGACAGGAAGGAAGAGCAGAGCACUCCCACUACCAGUCACUCAGUGUAGCGUGUUCGAGUGGAGGAGUGUGGACCGCGGUAAAGGAGCUUCAGUUUCCUGUACCUGACCAGACUGACAGGAAAUGCUCACAGGGAGAAACUAAAGCACCUGUACCGCACUCUGCUCAGCCAUGCUACAAGAGAAGUAAUGGGGCACCCCAGCAAGGGGAGAGGACCACUAAGGGGGGAGGGUGGGAGAAAGGGGAGAGGAACACUAAGGGACAGGGAGGGGAGAGGUACACCAAGGGACAGGGAGGAGAGAGGUACACUAAGGGACAGGGAGAGGAGGGGAACGCCAAGGGACAGGAAGGUGAGGGGAGAGGAACACUAAGGGACAGGGAAAGGAGAGGAACACUAAAUAUUCUUGAAAACAAAAACACAUGACUGGCUUGUAUAUUUUGUGCAUUUACCACUUAAUAAAAAAAGAUUUACAAAAAUAGAUAAAUAAUAAACAUGUUGUGGGGAUAUUUAUGGGAUAAUAAUAGUAACAGUAAGAAUUGCCCACUAAUUGAAUUCUCAGAUCCCAAAGAACGUUUAUCGUGUUAAGUGAGAAGUAUAUCAUAUAAAUAAUAUUCACAAUUUUAUAAAAAUAGAUUUUAUUUUUAAUAACAAAUUAAUUAAUAAUAAUAAUAUGUAACAUGCGUGACAAUAAUCAAUGAAUAUUCAGUAUAAAAUGGUAUGCAAUACAAAGGAAUGGGUAUUACGUCUCAACGGCUAAAACAGCAUUUCUGUCAAGUCUUCUGAUUUAUGAGGUAUCUUUAACAGACUGAAAGUGAAACUUUUCACAGCAAAGGGCCAUAAAACCCUGGCUAACAGUUAGAAUAACCCUUUCAAUGCUGGCUAGAUCUCCUAGGUAGUUAAGAUCUAUUCUUAUGUAAUUUUAAAUAAAAUAACAUUUAAACCAGUUCAUUAGUCAUUUCCUGGAACCAUCCAAUAAGAGAAUCUACCAUAUUAUAUAAGCAGAUUUUUAAUUUGUCUAAAAGAUAUCUUAUCUUAAUUUAGAGCAAAUCAAUACACCUGGAUAAAAACAGCGGUAUGCUAACAUGUGAUAAUAUCACAUCAAUAUAUAAUUAUUCUUAAUUCCACCUGCAGAAUGGAAUGUUUAUAACUAUAUAUUCUUUAGUUAACUAAGAUUUCUUAAUAUGGAAAUCUGACCGUGCUUUAUCCAGUCAUAUAUAAUGCUAUUAAUACAUUUUAAUUAAUUUAAUUAAUUAAAUGAAACCAGUAUAAUUACCAGUUGAGUAGAUAUUUCAUCCGAUUGGUAGACAGUCUCAGGAACUUAUUUGGAUGUCUGUCUGCAUGGAGGUUGGAGUCCCCAAACUUCCAAUUCCUCUCUCCUCUUUUUCUUUCUCUUUUGCAUUUCUAAUCUUCCCUUUGUCCUAACUUUUAAAGGGCCAGACUCUCUGUACGUCAUCAGUUAAUAACCCAAUAGAAGCACUAGAGGUGUGGUUAUCUUCCGGAUCGCAAUUUAGGUAUUUGGUCUAUAGAGGGCAGUCUUGUCCCACUAAACAUACCUAUCCAGGAAAGAGUUAACUUUUCCUGGUGGCUAUUUUGACGUCAUUUUGGCCUAUCUAGAUAGUGGCCAUAACUUACGUAUCCUUCACAGAUCAAAGGGUUUCUUUAAGUUUUGUCCAGACUAUGUGUCUGGCAAAUCCUGCUAUAAUUUCUAAAAUGGCAGAUCAUGAACUAAGUUUAACCUUAAACUUACAAUGGUACCUUAUAGAUAUAGACAGUUAAUUUUUAUUAUUUAAUCUUCUCUGUCACAAUUGUCUGGGUUUAGAUUUGAUCUAUUCCAUUAGCAUUAGACAGUCUGUCCAACCCCCUUUCUGCUUAUCACUUGGUUUAUACUAUGCAUUCCUUUAGCUCUGGGAAAGUGGCCAGUUCUACAGAAAGAAAUCUUGUGUCUUUUGUUAACUUGAAAAUAACAAAAUGGAGUCUGGUCUGUUCAGAGUGACUCAGAAUAUACACUUUUAAUUUCUAUCAUAGCACAAGAUGUCUGCCGAUAUAAAUACCCUGACAAUGUUCAGUUAACAGUAGAUUUGAGUAGAAAUUGUUUCUUCUUUUCAAAAUGGUAAAUGUACAGAAUAUCGGUAAGUUAUCGGCUAUCGGCCUGAAAGUUCACAGAUUAUCGAUAUCAGCUCUAAAAAAUCACUAUCGGUCGAUCCCUACUCUAGAUACAUUUGUUAUCUGGAGUUUAUUUCCAAACAACAGUAUCCGUUUAUUUUGUUGGGCUGUUGAAUAUGGUUGUCAAUUAUAUCACCCCUGCUUAAAAUCUUUUUGUUACUUACCUUUGCUAUAAAAACUAAAGAAUCAACAAGCUUUCUACAAAACAGCAGAUGUCAUAUCAAAUGAAUGCGUUCCUUUGUUUAAUUUGCUGCAUGCAAUUUGUACUGUAUAUGAUAUUGGUGACGGUUCCUGAUUUUUGUGUAUUUAUAUCCUGUGUGCAUUGUGAGAGAUGAGUGCUGUGUAUGACAUCUUUGUCUCAGAUACUGUUCAUCCUAUGGCGGAUUGUGAUUGACAGUUGGAAACAAUUUAGGUGCAAUAUGUUGCUUCAUGCCAUGCUUUUACAUUUUGGAGCUGGUUUUAACAACAAGUAAAAUAAUUUUACUAAUACACUGUGUUUAUUUUUGUAGCUGUACUCCAAUCAAACAGCGUGCCAGGCUUUGGGGAACAUGUGUGUGAUGAAUAUGCAUUCCUUGGGGUCCCCAGAUUCAGACGCAUGCUUUAUCUUCCGCUAUAUAUACACAAACACAGCCAGACUGGGAUCUCUUCAUUCCAUUGCUUUCUGGUAAAAUGGAAAUGAUUGCAAGUUAUUUUAGUAAUGCCGUUAGUAAUAGCCAAGAUAAAAGGAAACUAUCACUUCUCUGGGAAUUACAUAAUUGAAUAAAUUAUUUAAAGUCACCUAUAACUUAUUAAACUUUUUCAUGAUCCUUUUUCUUUUAAAUGAAUGUGAAAGAUUUAGCAAAUUACAUCACAUUCCAGUUUUGUCCACGGACAGCCAGGGCAAACAUUGCAAAUGAGGAGAAAUAGAGACAUUGUUUCAUCUUCUGUGUAUGCUUUCUGUAUGCCAAUUACCAGGUACAAAGGACAGAGCGAGUGAAAAGGAUUCAUACAGAGCUAAGAUGGAGGCACUCAGUUGUAGGAUAAAAGCAUGCGGAUUGUAACUUUUUUUUUUCUUUUCACAGCUCACAAAUAUAUAUUAAUAUAUAUUUAUAAGUCCCUGUGUCUGAAUGUAUUUCUUUGCCCACACACUUAUUUUUCAUAAAUUGUUUUUCAUAAAAUACAAAAGGAAAAGCAAGAACAUACCUUAUGUGUAGAGGAAAGCAGGCCAAACUAAAUAGGGUUUUGUUUCAUUUGUUAAUCACAUUUGCUGACAAUCUAUCAGUGAAAUUAAUCUCAUAGAGAGGCAAACAGUGGACAUCAUGGAGAGAGGAGAAAAAAUGACUGUGCCAAGUUAUUGAGAUCCAGCAUAAGUAAUAAAAGAUAAUACAUUUAAAUAAAGGCAAGUGCCUUGUGGGUGGGGUGUGGGGGAGUAUAGUCAUUUAAAUACAGGGGCUGGAGGAAUGGAAAAUAAAACAUCUGUGCCUCAUUAAAGGGAUACCAUACGCACCCAGACCACUUCAGCUCAUUGAAGUGCUUUGGGUGCACUGUCACAGGUUCCUUAACCUUGAGCAGGUAAUUAUAAUUACCUGCUAGGGUUUUCUCCACCCCUAGCAUUAGAGAAAUUUCCGGGCUGUUGGGCCACGUUAUGCAAGGGAACAUUCAGCGUCACCCAAAACCCGAUAGGAAAGCAUUGAAUGUCAGCGGGGUGGAGAGAAGGUGGGCACGUGUCAGCGCUGAGGGACAUCAGCGCUGGACCCAGGUGAGUGACAGAAGGGUUUUUUAACGGGAGAGGGGUGGGGGGGGGGCUUCUGGGGGGACUUGACGGUGGAGGAAGCUAUAGUACCAGGAAAGCGAGUUUGUUUUCCUGGCACUAUAGUUUCCCUUUAAGUCUGUUUAUUAGUACAGAACACUUGUAUAUUGUGUCAUUGCUGUAUAAUAAUACAAUAAAUAUAAUACCUUCUAGGAGACCCAAUCUACCAUGGCUUUAUUAUGAUGAUCAACCAGGCUUAGCAUCUCGAGUUCUUACAACUUCUCCAUUUCCUUCAAGCUUCUCCUUUAAAUCAAGGGAACAGGUAUGUACAAUAAGGGCAGCAGACUUGCUAAACUGGAAUAUUAUUUUACUAGCAGUAAAAUGGUUAUGGUUGGAGCAUUGCCAAAAAUGUAGAAAUUUAAUUCCCUUAAUCAAGAAUACUACUAAUGUAAUGUAGGUGUAAACAGUUCUACUUGGAGAAAAGAUUAGGAUCAUCAGCUAUCUGACAAAUAUCUGACAAAUAACUUGGACCCAUACCUCUUCCAGGAACACAGCUCAAAGCUUCCAUUUGUAGCAGCUCUAUAUGAUGUGCGAGGGAAUUUCUUGAAAUGGCACACUUUGGAUGGCGGUCUACUACAGGUAAACGUUCUGCUCCUGAACCGUCACCUUCCUUUCCUUUCCUCACUCCAUCUUACUUCCCCUAAGUAAGGGACUCUCCAAAUGAGCCAAGAAGGAUUGGGUUAAGGGAGGAUGCACACAGUGAUGGAAUGGAGGUAAGUAUUAGAUUUCCUUUUUCUUUUUUUGAUGAGGGGGGGGGGGAAAGAUUGAUCACUUCGGAAAGGGUUACUCUACCCAAAACCAGUGAGAAUGCAACAAGCUGAUCUUCACUAAUAUACACAAUUCCUGUACUGGUGGCAUUUAUGACAUAAGAAUGUGGUAUAAAUACACAAAUAGGAAAUCCUAAUAGAAUAAUGCAUGUCACAUGGUCGUUUAUCAUGCGUUCAAGGCCUUUUUCGGUCAGUGUGCAACCACUUUCUACUGACACCCUACUAAAAGAUAUUCAGAUUUUUUUCUGCAUCUUUGACUAAAGUAGCAUCUGUAGAUUUUUUAUAUCCUGUGUGUGUAUAUGUGAUGCAGAAAGUAAUAUUACACGCAGGCUGGGCAGUACAGUCCUGUAAGAAUAGUGCAUGCAAGGUGUACAUGGGUCACUUGAUCUUUAACACCCUGUAAGUUGAUAUUUACUAAAGCAAUACAGGGGCUUCACAAACCGUGCUUGCAAAAUGUCUAACAUAGACUGUAUUUGGUAUGUUCUUUCCUACACAUAUUUGUAUUAUAUAUUAGUAAUCACCUGAUUCAUGUGUUUCCUUUGAAUAGCUUUGUCCUGACAUUGUGACACGGUUGGAUGCUGCAUACACAUUUGGCACAACAUAUGAGCAAAAUGUAAGUCUUGUGUUUUGUCAUUUUACAAAUGCACUAUAUGCUGUAGAAACAUGAAGAGAAAUAGUUUUUCAUUUUUUUGUAAAAAUUUUUUUUAAUUCAUUCAUUCUGUGGACAGGUGUCUUUUUAUAAAGGUAACGAGCUGAGAUUAGAAGCACUCCCUUUAAGAGAGUGCUCCUAAUCUCAGCUCGUUACCUGUAUAAAAGACACCUGGGAGCAAGAAAUCUUGCUGAUUGAUAGGAGAUCAAAUACUUAUUUCACUCAUUGACAUGCAAAUCAAUUUAUAACUUUUUUGACAUGAGUUUUUCUGGAUUUUUUUUUUUGUUAUUCUGGCAAAUGUUCAAAAUCAGCAGGUGAUCACAUACUUUUUCCCCUCACUGUAGCUACUUACAGACACCUCCCUCAUCAGGAAUAGAUGUUUCAAUCAGGAGCACCUCAUACUGGUGUGGUCUAUUCUUGUCCCUUAAACCCUAGUCCAGGACACUACCUGCACAGAAUGACAGAAUUCAUAUCAGGCAGACAGCACUUAGUGAUCCGACUGGGUUAGGAUUUCAGCAGUUUCUAUACAUUUCUACAGUCACUGUCAGACCUGGGAACUCGUACAGGGUACUCUCUGUACAAUCUACUUUUCAAUUAGGCAAAGUUGGAAUGAUGAUAUAAAAACUUUAUUUUGUUUUCGUGAAACAAGAUGAUGACUGCUCCAGAUUUUUUUUCCAUGUGAUAUUUUUUGUAUAUAUUGUUUUCAGUGAUACUAAAUAAACUUUGCAAUGUAUGAAGAGAAAUCACGUUUUGUUUUAUGGAAUAGACAACACUGAUGUCUCGAUGUGUAUGCUUCCCCUAUGAUAGCAUGCAGCUGGGGUUGAAAAAAUAAAAGCAGCAACACAAUAGUACCAUUUCAAGUACCCAUAUUAAGAUCAUUUUGUUCAUAUUGCCCAUAAAAUGGUUUUAAAUAAUGCAUGUGAACAGCCUUGCCAACAGCCCUUUAAAUGCCUCUGAGGUCAGUUAAAGUACGUGUGUCAUGCAUGUAAGACAUGGUAACACUUUAAAGUAUCAUACAUCAGCUACUAACUGUAUAAGCCAAAUUGCUAGAAAAUGUAUAAAUACUAUUUUUUUUUAAAUCUAUACUUUAUUUGGUGCAUUGUAUAUUAAUUCUACAGCUUGACUAACACAUUCCCUGUCAUGCACACAUCAGUUACAAGUCUACAUUAAAGGAGCGUCUCAAGCACCAUAGCUGUACAGCCUUCUGUAGUGGUCAUGGUGCCAGUAGUAACCUGAUGCCAUCUCACGGCAAGGUGUCAAACCGUUUUAACAUGGCCUGCCUGCGACCUCCUCCCCUGCAUCCAGUCUUCUCUAGCAGGAGAAUCCAGAUUGCUCUAUAAAGCAAUCCAGGCAUGACCUUGCUCACUGGCUGAGUGAAGGGGAAGACUGGAUGUAGGGUAUGUAGCCACAUCCGGUGGGACCCAGGUAAAUUGUCAGAUUGUGCUAACAUAGUUUGACAUUUUACAGUGGAACCGAGCCAGGGCACACUGCAACCACUAGCAAGCUUUAAAGAUAUGAUUAUGAAUUAUGAAUAAAUAAGUAAGUAUUAGGUUUUCAUUAAGGUUUGAAAUAUUCAGGUUUGUUCAUUUAAAAUUAUGCUCAAUUCAGAGAGUCACUGCAAUGUUGCACCUUACAAUUAUAGCUUUCUGAAGAUUAUUUUUUUAAAUUAAGUUUGUUUGACUUUACAUAGUGUGAUUUGUCCUUGGCCAAGAUUCUUGCGGAUUACCCGGAGCCCGUAUUUUAUGAUGUGUACCUUUCUCACCCAGGAAGUGAUGGACACAGGCACAUCUGGCCGGUUCCAGUCCUAAAUCUAAACCUCCAGUAUAAUGAAUUGUUUGUGAAUCAAGGUAAACCUCCUGGAAAUAGUUUAUUUGAGACACCAAAAGCAUUACGUAAAAAUAUUUAUGAAUAUUGCUGAAAUCACACAAAAAUAUGUAUAUGAUCAAAAAUGGUAUAGUUGUUAAAGGACUAAAAAAAAAAAUCCAAUUUAAAGUGGCACUGUCACAUUAGAGUUUUUCCUACAGGCUAAAUCUUAAUGAAAAACUCAUCAAAACUGCACUGGAAUUUCAAGUAGUCCAAUUUUUAUCAUAAUGUGGCAAUGGACGGAGCUUUGUCCAUAACAUUCUGUUGUUUCCAUAAACAGUUGCUUGUAAGGGAUGCAGGGAACGGGCAUCUUGUCCCACAUUGUGCAGUAGAAGCCUUCAGAAUCUUAUGGUAGAGCAGCAUGAUAUUAUAUAGAAUAUCCUGCGGUAAUAACUACAUUUAGUUUACUAGUUACUAUAUAAAUACAACAAUCCGUCACUUACACUUCUUUUCCAUACAUUUGUUUUUUUCUUAGAUUUUGCAUUAUUAUUUAUUAUUUUGUGUUAUACUGGGUGCAGCAGUGAUUGUAAACCAGUGUGCCAUUGCACUCUACUAUGCGGUUGUUAUAGUUUGAAUCCAGUCCUUUAAAUUUGGCUAGUAAUAUUCAUAUCUCUCCAGUAAAGCUGUGAGUAAAUGUGGCAUUUAUAAAGUCAUGAUAAAGUAGAUAUGUCUUGGAAAUGUUUUCUCAUUGAAAUAUGCCUUUUUUUUCCAACAAAGGUUGGAGUUCAAUUUCCUGGUUGUUGGCUGAUGAAUCCUUAAAGUUAUUUUUUGAUAUCUGUGAUUUAAAAAAAUAAAUUUUCUCUUCAUUUCCUAAAGCUAAUCCAUUACAUGUUGUGAAUUUGUAAAACAUCUCCAAAUAUUAAGUUUUGUAUUUCCUAUUAAUAUUACUUAGGAAACAAUAUUAAUAACUGGCUAUUAACUCGUCGCAUAUUCCUGGUUGAUACUCUAAGCGGGAGAGAAAAUGCUCUGACUAACCUUCCAAGAGUCAUUAGAAUUGCUAGCAAAAUCACAAUAAGGUAAUAUAACUUUUUAAAUUAUUAAUAUUAGUUAUACAAAAUAGCAUUAUUAAAUAUUAGAUGCCCUGCCACUAAGGGACAUUUUGGGCACCAUAUCAACUUAAUCACAAUUAAGUUUUUAUGGUGCAUGUAUGUCCCAGGCACCAUCUUACCUUAAGAGAUUAAAAUGUUAAUGAAUGGUUUAAUCCCAACCCUAAAUUUAUGAAGAUGGCACCCAAUCGCUCUGCCAAGCCUCUUCCUUCAGAGAUGAAGCCUUGGACCUCUGAAGUAUGUAGCUGGGCAGAGAGAACAGGUACAAUCUUGCGCCAUGUAAGGUUGCAUACCCUGCCGCUACAUCAGGUACUCCUACCUCCCAAGGUAGGCACCGUAUCGGUUUCACACCCUCAGACACCUUUGCCAGUGUUUCUGACACAAGCACUGUAGCUGUACUGUGGCUUAAAGUCAGACUCCAUGCCCUCUGAAUCGGAGAUCUGGGACUGUUACUUCCCGCUUCUCAUACCAGUUCAUACCGUGAUGUCACGCAUGCCUGCACAGUGUCAUUCACAGCUUCUCAUAGAAAAUUCUAGUGUUCAAUAAUUCUGCAUGAGAGGAAUUUCAUUAGUGGAUGACUGCACAAGCCAUGUAUGCGCCUUGGGUCUACAAUGCUUCUAAAUGAGAAGCAUCAGAUUAGACCAUUGUCUAGUGACCACAUGACGUCAGAGGGGGCAUAACAGAAUAAAGUUAGGGCGUUCCUCAGUGCACUGGAAAAAAGGUAAUUAGCUGUUUUAUUUUAGACAUUUGUCUUAAAGCAGUUGCCUUAAUGCUCCAGUAUACAUUUGAGACAAAGGAUUUAUUUUAAAAUUACUGUACUAACAAAAUACAGUGUUCCUUUAAAGACACACUUUAGGCAUCAAAACAAUGUAAGUGCAUUUUGAUAAGUUUAUCCUCAUAUUCAUGCUUUAUUUUUCUCCCUAUUCAUAUCUAAGUUUUAGGGAAAAAAAGUUUUGCUGCUUUCUAUAAAGUAGCUCUAUAGCCAUGCAUCAAUUUUUUACAAAAGUCUUCCUGAUUGGAUAGUACUUAGUGUAGCUCAGCCAUUGACACAUCAUUGUGAGCUGAGGUGCUGACUUGACUCCGUCCCAAAGUUAAUCACAGUCUUCCUAUUAUCUGUAUAAUAAAUAAAUGAUCUGCAAAGAAGUCCUUGGGGGAUGGGGUGAGAUAAAAAGGAGAACAGUUAUAGGGGGUGGUGUUAUGUGAACAUUUCAGCUCACAAUGAUCUCUCAUUGGCUGAGCUGAUUACUUAUUCUGAGUACUUGCUACAAGGAAGAUGUCUUUAGAAAAGAUUAGACAUGGCAAAGUGGGCAGGGUUAUGCUACAGAAAGUUACAAAUAUAUUCUUAAUUUUUAGCAAAACGAAAGAGAUUUGGAUGCACUGAAGCUGUUUGGGUGCCUUUAAUUUCUGCCUAUUUAUGUCUUGAAAAUAUAUUUCAAUAUUCAGUGCAUAUAUGUACAGUAUCUCACAAAAGUGAGUACACCCCUCACAUUUCUGUAAAUAUUUUAUUAUAUCUUUUCAUGUGACAACACUGAAGAAAUUACACUCUGCUCUUUCACAUGAAAAGAUAUAAUAAAUUAUUUACAAAAAUGUGAGGGUCUUUUGUGAGAUACUGUAUGUGUUAUGCAUGUAUGUAUAUAUAUUUAUAUCAUAUCAGUGUUAAUCAUUGUAAAUAUGUCUAUGCAGCAUCUGUCUUGUGCCCAACACUUACAAAGGACUAAUCUAUCCACCUCUGAUGACUGUUGAGUACACAGAUGUACAAAUUCAAAAUCCAAACACCCAGACUGUAAAGGUAGGUUUGUUUAUUUACAGCAAUGUAUGAACUAUCAUUGGGCUAGUGUCUCUAGUAAGAACCCACUUCUCACCCCUUCCCUUUACAUUAGAUACCCCCUCCCCCUUUACACUAGAUUCCCCCCCUCUCCUCUAUGUUAGAGAUGCUUCCUUCCUGUCCAUCCCCUCUACAUUAGAGAUCCCUCUUCCCCACUCCUCUUCUCCACAUUAGAUAUCCCUCCUACCCUACCCUCUCCUCUAUGUUAGAGAUCCCGCUUUCUCACCCUCUUCUCUACCCUAGAGAUCCCCACUUUACUUCCCGUUCACCAUCUGCGUGAGAGACCCCCUUUCCUUCUAUCCCCUCCCCUCCCCUUCCAUCUCAUUUUGCACCUCUUUUCUCUCCCAUCCCAAAUAAAGAUCCCCAUUCCCUUCCCUCCUCUGUCCUUUAGAGAUCCCAUCUUCAUUCCCAUCUUCUUUCCAUUAGAAAGCCCACCUUCCAUUCCCUCUUCUUCAUUCAGAGUCCUUGUAAAUUAGAGAUUCCUUUGCCCCUUGCCUUACAGCCCCCUCAACAUUAGAGAUUCCCCCAUUGCCCUCCUUUUACAUUAGAAAUCCUCACUCCACUCACCUCUCCGUUAGAGAUCCCCUCCACCUAUCUGCAUUAUGCAGAUCCAUCCAUCCUUCUUUCUUCCCCACCCAUGACUUCUGCCGCGGAGUUCCAUUCCCCUCUCUUCUCGUCUUUUCUACAGCUGUACAAAGUAUAUUUAGAUAUAUAUCUAUCUAUAUAGAGAGAUUUAUAUAUGUAACACUUAGACAAAGAAUGAUAAACAAUCAUUCUAAACAGGAAUGAAGCAAACAAUCUUUUUUGUUGUGAAAUAUCAUAUCAUUUUUGAUGAUGUCUCAAUUUUUCAUUUCAGGUUUCAUUUUCAGUAAAUUAUGAAAUGAGACAAUCUGAUUCUCUCAUUCAGACUAAUGUAAGUUAUAUAAUUAGGUCUGUGAUCUGUUUGUAUGAUAGUAUGAUACUUACUAACAUUCUCCUCAUAUUCCAGGUGGCAGUUGGAGUGCUAGGGGCGCUGGCAGUUCUUUGGUCAAUUCUGAAAACUGCAGCUUGGAAAAGGAGAAUAGGAAGCCCAUUUGUAGAUUUGACGGUAGGAAGAAAAUCUUUUUCCUUUCUCUUCCAUCUUUUAUAUACAAGAAACCUAUUGUAAAUAAGUAUUUAGAAAGUUAUUUAACAUAAAGUUCACUUUCAAGUAGCUCUGUCACUUUCUGGGGUCUUUGCAUAUUUUAUCGCUUUGUAUGCUGCUGCCAGUUUGACCUGGCACAUUCUCGUCAGCUCCUGGCGCUUCAUCUACCAGGAACCGAUGUGGGAACCUCCAGAAACAAAGCCUUUUCUCCCCUCGGCUGUCACUAGUGAUGGUUGAGGGCUUGGUAAAGCUUGACAAAGGUAGCGCUGCCUUUUGUCAAGUGUAGUAAAAAGAAAUAAGACAAAGUUUUCUUUGUAGACAUAAUACCAGUUGUGAGGGUGUCCGGACUUAUUUAUCUAUUUAUAAAAUAUUUUACCAGGAUGGAUACAUUGAGAUUUCUCUCGUUUUCCAGUAUGUCCUGGGUUCACAAAACAUUGCAUUGUUACACUACAGAAUUCCUCUGAGAACUAAGAGGCAAACAAUGACCAGAAACCAUCCGAAAGACAGGUACUAGAAAUGUGCCAUACUGUUAAACUAACUAGGUCAGCGAUUCCAAAUCUUAGAAUAAACAAGAAACUAUCCGUGUCAAACAAAAUAAAAGCAAGCAGUCAGAAACAGUUCGUUGCUAAAAACUGAAUCCUGGAUAUACACCCAAGGAAAUAUUUAAGGUCUAUACCUCAUCUUGUCCUGCACCAGUUUGUAUUUUUAUUGUUUUCAACUUUAAACUAAUUAUAUUGGCAGUUAUUAAAUGCUCUGCAAUCAGUGUUUGUGAAUUGUCUGACGCCAUCAAUCUCUCCAACAGUAAUCUCUAACCAGCAGUUUCAGUUUAGAUUCAGUCUAACCUGCUGGCCUUAAACAGGUGAUUAAGCUGUUGCAUAUAAAUUCAACUUUGACUGAAAAGAACUGUUUAUGCUACACUCCUUUGUUCAGAUCUUCUGCAAAAUAUUAACUUGUAAUAUUUAAUUUACAGACUGUCAUCCACUUCUUGAUAUUUUACGCCGGAGCCUUGGCUAACGUAUUUAUUGCUGUGACAGUUGGUUCUGCGUUUUAUUGGCUUAUCUUAUUCAAAGUAAGUGCACAUCAAUUUUUGUACUAAUUUAACACAUUUCCUCUAUUUUUAUUUUAAAAUAAGUUAUUUUCAUGUGAUUUGAGCUUCAUAAAUCAUUGGGUGAGGAGAUAUAACAUAAAAAAUACAUGAAAAUUGUAAAUUUAGAAUUUGCUAAAUAUCGAAUGCCAAGAAAACAAAUGGGUUUGGUAAACAUGUUUUCUAAAGAAAAUGCAUAAAGGUGCAUAAAGGUGCAACAUAUUUCUAACCUGCACAUGUGCAAAUAAAUUUUGUCAGCUGGCUAAAACGAUGCAAUAACAUAGGUAGGCAAUGUAAUAGAGCAGCAAGAAAUGCUAGCAGAAUGCUUGGUUGUAUAGGGAGAGGAAUUAGCAGUAGAAAGAAGGAAGUGCUCAUGCCAUUGUACAGAACACUGGUAAGACCUCACUUGGAGUAUUGUACGCAGUACUGGAGACCGGAUCUCCAAAAGGAUAUUGAUACUUUAGAGAGAGUUCAGAGGAGGGUUACUAAACUGGUUCAUGGAUUGUGGGAUAAAACUUAGCAGGAAAGGUUAAAGGAUCUUAACAUGUAUAACUUGGAAAAAAGACGAGACGGGGGGGAUAUGAUAGAAACAUUUAAAUACAUAAAGGGAAUCAACACAGUAAAGGAGGAGACUAUAUUUAAAAGAAGAAAAACUACCACAACUAGAGGACAUAGUCUUAAAUUAGAGGGGCAAAGGCUUAAAAAUAAUAUCAGGAAGUAUUACUUUACUGAGAGGGUAGUGGAUGCCUGGAAUAGCCUUCCAGCUGAAGUGGUAGAGGUUAACACAGUAAAGGAGUUUAAGCAUGCGUGGGAUAGGCAUAAGGCUAUCCUAACUAUAAGAUAAGGCUAGGGACUAAUGAAAGUAUUUCGAAAAUUGGGCAGACUAGAUGGUUCUUAUCUGCCGUCAUAUUCUAUGCUUCUAUCAUGCCAAGAGCCCCACCAUUAUACUUUAUUUUAACCAUUAAAGCCAUAGAUUAAAAAACAAAUAUUAUAGUAGAGCUCCUGUUAGAUUUUGUUAUCUAGCUGCCAUAUUGCUCUGUGUGGAUAACCAGAGAUAAGCGUCUUUCCUUUCACUAUAUUUUUAUCAGUAGAUGCAGCUCUGCUCUGACACAGUAUAUGGUGUCUCUAUGUAUGUGGGAACCUCCAUAUAAGCCAUAAAUGUAAUAUCAUGAAAACAAAUUUAAUGUUUGACAUUUAACAAAACAUCAGUGGGCAUAUCCACUAACUAAUAAUUUUGGAGAAUAAGUGCUUUACAAUAAUGACUUAUUCCCAAAGGAAUAUAUAAAAAGUGAACCCCUAAGGUGUUUAGGUAGAUCAGAUGCAAGGCUACAGUGUGUAGUUAUUGGGUAUUUAUGAAUGUUAUCAAAACAUUCAGGGUAUGUUUCCCGAGAAAAUACCCUCAAAAUUAAAUAAUAACCAUUUAUGUCUGGUGGUCUCACAAAGCCACACUUUAGCACAAACAUGACAAGAAAAGAUUAUUCUGUACAGAGGUGGGGGGACGGAUCCAGAUCUCUAGCAAGACAGACACACAUUGAGGAUGCUCCGCAUUGCUAUGCUGUUUUCAGCUGUCCUAGAGUGGACAUCGCUUUCCCAUUGUCUCGGUUCGGGUCUCUAAUUGACAAGUGAUAGAUGGGGAAAAAGUCGAAGAAGCAUCAGGGUGACCCGGGCUCUGGGUCCCAUGAUAUUCUGACUCUUUUGAGACAGUUUACAAGGUACAUGAAUAUUAAGAUGGAGACCUACUCAUCAGUUUCCAUGGAUGAUGGCUAAAUGUUUUCCACCACUCAGGAAACCUAAAUAUCAAAUAAUUACGUGAAUGUAAGGAAAAAAAACAUAUGUCUCUGUACUUCCACCUUGCGGCGGCUUCACCAUCCUAUGAUGCUUUAGUCGUUCACAUGUGGGCUUAGGCAUUAUUAUUAUUAUUAUUAUCACUAUUUAUAUAGCGCCAACAGAUUCCGUAGCGCUUUACAAUAUUAUGAGAGGGGGGAUUUAACUUUAAAUAGGACAAUUACAAGAAAACUUACAGGAACGAUAGGUUGAGGAGGACCCUGCUCAAACAAGCUUACAUUCUAUAGGAGUUGUAUAAAACACAAUAGGACAGGAAAUAGCAAUCAAAUAAGGUGGGAAUGAAGCAGAGCAGGAGGAGAAAGUAGAGUGCUGCCCUUUAGAAGAGAGCAAGAGACAGUUGUGUAAGGUAGAGGUUACUCUGGGAGGCCAUAAGCUUUCCUAAAGAGAUGGUUUUAAGACACUUCUUAAACGGUUGAAGACUAGGGGAGAGUCUGAUGGCGGUAGGCAGGCUAUUCUGUAGGAAGGGAGCCGUCCGCGAGAAGUACUGCAAGCGUGAGUUGGCUGUACGGGUGUGAACAACGGACAGGAGAAGGUCACAGGCAGAGCGGAGAGACCGAGAAAGGACAUACCUAUGGAUCUGUGAGGAGAUAUAAGAGGGGCUAGAAUUGUUCAGUGCUUUAUAUGUGUGAAUUAGUACCUUGAAUUGACUCCUAUAGGAUACAGGAAGCCAAUGUAAGGACUGACAGAGGGGUGAGGUGUGAGAGAACCGACUAGAGAGGAAAAUCAGUCUGGCGGCAGCAUUCAUUACUGACUGUAGUGGUGCAAUACGGCUUUUAGGAAGACCAAUUAGGAGAGGGUUACAAUAAUUCAUGCGUGAAGUUACUAGAGCAUGGAAAAGUUCCUUGGUAGCAUCUUGCGUAAGAAAGGGCGGAUGCGGGCUUUGUUUUUAAGUUGGAAUCUACAGGAUUUGGCAACAUGCUGGAUGUGCGACUCAAAGGUGAGGCCAGAAUCAAGUAUGAUGCCAAGACAGCGUGCUUGCAAGGAUGGACAUAUGUGGAUACCACUAACUUGAAGGGAUUUUAAGGAGAAAUUCAAUAUAUCUGCACGUACACUCUGAAUUUUCUCCAAUAGUACUAAAUGCACACAUGCACCGUGCAUUUGGCAAUAAUUAAGUUAAAUAGCUUGCCUGGCAACUUAUGUAAGUAGAAAUAAGAUAGAAAUAAAAAAAUUUAAAAAAGAAAAGAAAUAAAUAGCACAAGCAGUAGGUACCCUUUGUUAGAGCUAAAAUCAGUUGUUCCUCUUUAAAGAAUGAUUCAUGUUUGUUAAUUAUUCUUUAUUGUUAUUUAUAAAGCGCCAACAAAUUCCCAGUGCUGUACAAUAGGCCGACUAACAGACAAGUGUUUGCAACAAGACAAGGUUUUCCAAUGAGCUUACAUUCUGGAGAUUGGUGAUAUUCAUUGAAAUUGUCUUGUUUACUCCACAGGGGCAGCAGUAUGUCUCUGUUUUCCUGCCUUUACCAGUGGAGGAAGAAAACUUUGUUACUUAUGUAGGUUGUGCUUUUGGUCUAAAGGUGCGUAUUGAUUUCUAUAUAUCUUCUAGUUGUAAAUGUUUGACGGUAAUUACAUUGUUAUUAAAUCAUACUUGUAAAAUAUCUUGCUUUAUAUACUUGUUUAUUAGGUAGUUAACAUUAGGGGACUAUUUACUCCUUUUGUUAAAUCUACUAGCACAAAUAUUUCUCCCUCUCUAAUUUCCUUUUUAAUUGAUUGUAUAACAUUAUAUAGUUUUAAGUAGGCCCAAAACCACCACACAAAUAAAUAAAUAAAUUGUGGGUGGUAAAGUAUACAGUGAUUCCUGGACUAGACUAAAGGUAGCUCAAUAUGCAAGACUUUGCAUUGAUUUCCCUUAUGAUAGCUUUAAAACCUUAACCCCCAAAUUGCUUUUUUUUUAUCACAACUGUCUAACUUAUUUACUCUUUACAUUCCGUGACGUAGCCUUGACGCAAUGUACUAUGGAGUAUGGUGCACAGUGUCUCCAGAAUUCUUUGUCUUUGAGCAGAAUCAGUGGUGCUGCACUGUACCUGUCUCUAGUCUAGACUAGCACAUUAAAGGGCCACUAUAGUGCCAGGAAAACAUACUCAUUUUCCUGGCACUAUAGUGCCCUGAGGGUGCCCCCACCCUCAGGGUCCCCCUCCCGCCCGGCUCUGGAAAGGGGAAAAGGGGUUAAACUUACCUUUUUCCAGCGCUGGCGGAGAGCUCCCUCCCUCUCCCCCGGCCCACAGUUGAAGACGCAAGCAAAGAGCUGCGCACCGAUUCGGUCAAGCAUUUACAAUGCUUUCCUAUGGACGCUUGCGUGCUCUCACUGUGAAAAUCACAGUGAGAAGCACGCAAGCGCCUCUAGUGGCUGUCAAUGAGACAGCCACUAGAGGGAAUGGGGGAAGGCUUAACCCAUUGAUAAACAUAGCAGUUUCUCUGAAACUUCUAUGUUUAUGAAAAAAUGGGUUAACCCUAGAAGGACCUGGCACCCAGACCACUUCAUUAAGCUGAAGUGGUCUGGGUGCCUAGAGUGGUCCUUUAAUGCCUAUCUAUGGAGGAAAUAUUAAUUAUCAUAUUCUGCAUUUGUCUUUUAUUAAUUCUAGGCUCUGCAUUUUCUAUACAAACUUGUCUCACAGCUCUCAAUAGACAUCUUCUUUAUUGAUUGGGAAAGACCUAAAGGCAAAACUAUAAAAUCUGAUGGUGAGAUUAUGUAUUUAUUAUUGUUUAUUUGUUUAUAUUUACUACAUGCAGUUUAAGUUUGUUUUAUCUAGUUAUUUUUUAUAUUUCACGCCUCUAACAUUUGUCAUUUAGACAGCUACUAAAGGCUUAAGGCUAAAAGAGAUUUUUUUUUAUUGAACCUAUUUUUUUUAUUUUUAUUAUUAUUAUUGAGAUUAAGUGAACAAUUACGCAUUCUGAUAUGUUACGGCUUAAGACAAAAGACAAUGCAUGAUACAUUACAGAGUAAAAAGGUGAACAGUAGAACGUGUGUCAAGUGUACAUAUAUAGCAUAUGGAUCUGUUAAGUUACAGUUUAUAGGUGGUUACAGAGUCGGUGGCGCCUCUGCUCGGAUCGCCUUGUGUUACAUGGCCCUCGGUGACUUGAGUUGUUGGACACCGUUUAACGUCACUAGUGUGAGGGUCGUCUCUGGUGGUGGGUACACACGCUGUAGGUAGGUAGCCUGCCGCUGGAGGUAAAUAGGCAACAUUAUCUGUUUUAUUGAACCUAUUUUAUGUCCAGCAGCAGCAAGCAAAAUAUGCUUACGUUGGUGUGCAUUUGAGAAGGGAAAAAUUGGAAACAUUUUCCAUGUCAAAUGCUUCUCAUAGAGAAGCACUGGAUUGGCAGAUUGUAGUGAUAGCCAUGCAUGUACCAAAUGUCCACAAUGCUUCUCUGUGAAAACCGUUUGAUUGGAAAACAGCCAUCAGUGUAACUUCACAGAAGUAGGAUCAGGCUGCUGUGAGAUGUCAGUCUCGAUGGUGGCUGGAUUACAGGUAAUCUUAAUGGACCAAACUUCUGGAAUAAAAGGGAAUCAUGACAUGUCAGACAUGUCAUGUGUCCUUAAGGGGUUAAAAGGAUUAAAGAAAAUAAGUCCAGUAGGCUAAACGGAUAAAGCUACAUAGAUAUAAAAAAUAAUUUCUUUAUUAUCCUGUUUCUUUAAGAAGGAACAUAAUAAAAAAAAAAUAUAGAACAGCAUUAACAAAUAUCCCUUAAUAAGUGGAAAGAUUGUAUGGAUCCCAUCGGUCCAAUUUCAGACUUUAAAAAUCCUUUGGUGAAGAGGAUGUCCGCUUUAGGUGGCAGGUGUUUGGGGGUGCACAGAGAAACCCCCUUCCUCCAGAGCAAGCUCCUGCCUAUCAUCACGUUGCUUACAUGGGUGCCGCAUGGCAGGUGCCUGUUAUGUUGCUUUGCUGUCACUACUUGCAGUGCGGAUGGCAGUGUGGCUUCCGGGAUCUCACUGUACUAAUUUCCCAGCUUCCUUGCAUGCACUGCACUGUGGCUGGAGCCAGAAUAUGAUGUCACCCCAGCACUGGCAUUAGUACAGAGAGGCAGGGAGCUGGACUAUCAGCACAGAGACUGAUUUCAGGAGCUCCCCACUGGACCCCAGGGAUGAAGUUCCACUAUAGCUUCCUUCAAAGAUAAGAAAAUCGAAGCUGGGUGGCUUUCACUGUUAAAUUAUAAAUAAACUAACAGUAAAUAAAUAAUACAAUUAAGUGUGUGUAUAUGAGUAUGUGUUCAUGAAUGUGUGUAUAUAAGCCUGUGUGUGAGUAUAUGAAUGUGUGUGUUUGUAUAUAUGAAUAUCUGUGUGAAUAUGAAUGAGUAUGUAAUACAUAUUAGUACAUAACAAAAGGGGGUACUGGGGUGGUAUAGAAGGAGAACAAAAUUGUAUUAUUUUUGUUUGUUUUUACAUUUUGUGGGGUGCUGGGUGCCAUGUAACCAAUGUACUUUCCUGUCACACAGCAUGUGACAGCUCACUAUCAACCUGGCUUUAAUGACCAGUACCAGGGAUUGAUACAAUGUGGUGCAUUGACUUUACACUGAGGCAGCGGGCAGUAUGAGUAUGAGCGGAACCAAUAUCCAUAGGUGAACCCAAUAGUACUAUAGCUGGGAUUUAGUCCACUUAUUAAAAGGAGCAACUGCAUUCAUGAUUCAGAAACAGAUUGAAAACACAUUAGGCACACAGGAUCAGGCAGUACCAAGACCCAUAAACUUUAUGUAACCUUAUUCUAAAAUGACUCAUUAGAUGCCUCCAUGUGCACACCUACCAUCCCCCACUUCAUACUUACACAGGUAUGUGCAGGCAACCAAUUGCCAACUGUUUGUUUGUUUGUUUGUUUGUUUGUUUUAGUUAUUGGCUUUUUGGGUAUAGAAUGGUUUUGGUGAGAAAGCUUUCCAAAAUACAAUGUCUCUUCAUGCAUUAUACUCUGAUAUCCAGACAUCCACAGUGACUAAAUAACAGCCAGCAGUGAAGGAUCAGGUCAUUCACCAGACUAAACAAAAUAUGAAUGCUGUUAAAUCAUUCCGGCUUAUAUAAGGCAGAGUGACAUUUCAUUUAUAAAUAACAUACAUUCAACCUAUAUAUCUCUUGGUUUUAUUGUUUUUUGCUAACCUUACCAUUAUUCAUCUCAUUUUGAAAUGUAUUGCAUGUUUAACAUCAAUGGCAAAUUAAAAUGAAAAAAAUGACUACUGGAACAUUAUUAUUUAUUGUCUGCGUUUUUGUUUAAUGCUCAUGAUAAUGGAAAAUCUCUGAAUUAACCUCAUUCUUUAAUAAUUUAUCUAAAAAAAACACGGGAAAGUUAAUGCUGACAUGUUCAGCAUGCGGUAUGGGGGACACUUUAUAGGUUUUAUAGAGAAUUGACAGAUUCAUUGCAAAAUUUAAACUAAAAUAACCCAACUGACGAUAGCCAAGUUGGACUUUUUUUUUUCUGAUGAACUAUCUUCGCUUUAAUUUGUCAUUUGGGUUUCAAUUUACUCUGAUUCAGGUUCAGUGAAUAAAUUCCAGAGCGUUUUGGGUGACAAGAGGGAGACACAGGAAACAAAAUGAGAUGGGUUUUAUGUCAUAUUUCGUAUAUAAAGAGAGACUGAAAAAUAAUGGGUCCGUUUCUGCUAUAGGUAGAAAAUUAGACUUUAGGAAAGAUAAAAUGUAAAUUGGUUUGUAGAAAUUAAGUGGAUACCAUUAACAUAACGGGGAGCAAUGUUUGGGCUGAGAACUGGGAAAAUUUGAUGCUGUCUGCAUAUGGGAUAUAUGAUUAUUCUAUAUUUGAUUAAUGGUUGCAGAUUUCUGUAGACUUGUAUGCUAAGAUAUUCCUUUUUCUAAUGUCUUUGAAGAUGGCCUGAAGAGCGAUCUCGCACCUGUGAGCAUUUGGAGGACUUACUUUGUGGCAAAUGAAUGGAACGAAAUUCAGACUGUGCGAAAAACCAAUCCGCUCUUUCAAGUCAUCGCUGUACUAUUCUUCUUAGAGGUCAUAUUUCUUACCUUCUUAUCACGUUAUUUAAUUCAAGACAGGUCCAUCCAGUACUCUGAAGAAUCAUCUAUCGUUAUCCUAAUAAUAAGAAAGAUGGCUUACUCUCUUAUUGAUAUUUAUUUUAUUAAAAAAACAUAAAAGCUACACAUGCAUUUAACGUUAAGGGACACUAUAGGCACCCAGAACACAUCAUCUCAUUGAAGUGGUCUGUGUGCAGCAUCCCUGUUUCCUUAACCCUGCAAUGUAAAACAUGCUUACAUUCCUGUGUUAAGACCGCAUCUACUGACUGUCUACCAGACAUCCACUAGAGACGCUUCCUGCAGUUUCACAGAGUUUUACUCCAUGAAACAAUGCAGGAUGUCCUCACGCUUUGUAUGAGUACACCCAGCGUCUUGCAAACCCCCAUAGGAAAGCAUUGAUUCAUUGCUUUCCUAUGGGGAAUGCCUAAUGCGCAGUGCUUGCCACGCAUUAGGUUACCCCAUCGGCUGACAUUGGAGGAAGAGAAGCCUAAUCCGGCACCGAGAGACCUCAGUCUCAGGUAAGUUUUUAAAGUAUUUAACCCAUUACAUGCCUGGGAGAAAGGGUCAGGGAGGCAGAUGGACUCUAUAAUGUUUGGAAUUCCUUUGUAUUCCUAACAUUAUAGUGUUCCUUUAAUCUCAAUAAUCAAAGAUAAUAAGACAUAAACCUUUAGUGGUGAAUUCUUAUAAUGCUACGCUGUGGAAUGUAUAAUUUACUCUAAGGAAAGUUGCAAUAGGCAAAUUGAUUGAUAUAUUGAUAUACUUAAAGUUUGAUGUGUGAUUACACCCAUUUCUGGGCACUCUCAGUGUUAAGUGCAACCGCGCAAUGCUUAGCAUAAAAAUGCUGGUCAUAGUGUGGUCCAUUUACUAAACAGUGACUUGUGAUGAAUUGACUUCCAACCUGCAAAAUGUAAAAAAAUCUAUAACACUACCAUUGUAGCACACAUUUUACACUCUGGUUGUCCAUUUGCCAAAAUUCAUAGUAUACUGUAUAAAACGAUGCUGUGUCCUCUUAUUGUUGAUUUGUAGAAUAUGUGGCACACACCAUGUAAGCACAUUCUAAAAUGUUUAUUCACUUCUCAGAUCGCUGGUUUUAAAAACCUAGCAUUAAUGGACCCCUCAUCUAGUCUCUUAAAAAGUGCGGAUGAUUACAUAGCACCAUGGAGUCAGACACUAAGAUAUGGAGUGAUUACCGCACUCUGGCUCGCCAUUGGAUUAUUGCAGGUACUGUGUGCUUUGUUCAAAUAUUGGAAUGAUUUUUUCCCAGCACUAUCUAAUUAGUUCUUACUAUAUUAAAAUGUUUCUCAAAAGACCUGACACUCUUUAGCAUUUCCAUAAGACAUUUUGUUUGCUUUUUUUCAGGCUUUGUUCUUCUCUGUAGUUUAUGAAAGAUUUGUAGAAGACAAAAUCAGACAGUUUGUUGAUUUAUGUUCCAUGAGCAAUGUAAGUACAUUUGACAAUGUGUGUGUCUCAACCUUAACCCAUACAAAAUGACUGAGCCUACCAAUUGCUGCCUAUGCCAUCAAAUACAAUCUACUAUCCUCAUAUAUAAAGUUAUCAAAGAUUCUGCUCCUAAUCCAUUUCUCACCUUACACCUCUUUUGGCAUGAGCCAUAUACCCUCCCUAAGUAGACCCUUCAAUUAUUAUAGUUACAUAAACGGACUCUCUGUGGGGCCACAUGGGCAUUAACUACUGUUUAAUGUCUAGGUCAGAAACCGCCAAUCCUUAACUUUCUUACUACUGUUGGCUGAAUAUCGUGGGGAUUAUAGUCCAACAUUAGAUGGAUAGUUGUAUAGUUACUAGUGAGCUAUCUGUAUCUAUCGUAACUCAUAUAACAAAUUAAAGGAACUCUGCAGAGCUAGGAAUACAAACCUGUAUUUCUAAAGCUAUAUUGUCCCUGUCCCUAACUAGUUUAUUACCUCCCACCCCUCCCCCCCCUGUUCAUCAUAGAUAAUAUAAAAAUCUGAAGGGUUAUAAUUAAAGGACCAUUGCAUCCAGACCCCUUCAUUGAGAUAAAGUAGACUGGGUGACUUUAAUGAUCCUUUAACAAUAUGUACUGCAAAAUGUCUGAAAGGCUCAUAUCAAGUAAGCCCUACAUUAUAUUAGAAAACACUUGCGCAAAUUUCUGUUUCCAAGCUACAUAUUAAUGUCUGUGUGACCGAUUUUCAGGAUACUCGUUAGUUCUAAGAUACGUUUAUGCAAUCUGCAUUGCAAUCUGCCUCUUCUACUUAUUACACAGUCACAUGUUAAUUUGCAGUCCUCUCUAACGCUUUGGAACAUUUACAACCUGAUCAGCAGUUUGAGAUAUUUUCCCAUAGAUAUUGGAAAGGAUAUGCAGGAUAUAGAUUUAGUUUAAUAAAUAUUUAACCCCUUAAAGGACCACUAUAGUGCCAGGAAAACAAACUUGUUUUCCUGGCACUAUAGGGUCUUUGGGUCGUCGUCCCCCACCCUCAGGAUCCCGCUCCCGCUGGGCUGGAGGGGGAGGAAGGGGUUAAAUUCGUACCUUUCUCCAGCACCAGGCUCCCUCGACGCUGGGGACUCUCCUCCCUCUUCCGCCGAAUGCACAUGCGUGGCAAGAGCCGCGCACCCAUUCAAUCAGUCCAUAGGAAAGCAUUACUCAAUGCUUUCCUAUGGACGUUGGCAUCUUCUCACUGUGAAAAGCGCCUCUAGCGGCUGUCAAUGAGACAGCCACUAAAGGCUGGAUUAACCCUAAUGUAAGCAUAGCAGUUUCUCUGAAACUUGAGUUCAUUGAGUGGUCCUUUAAGGACACAUGAUGGAAAUAUUCCUUCACAAUUCCCUUUUAUUCCAGAAGUUGUGUCCUUAAGGGGUUAAAUGCUAAAGGCACAGCUUUGUGCAUAUAUACAUCUUCCCCUAACCUUUUGUGUUUCUUCCUGUUUGUAGAUAUCUGUCUUCAUAUUGUCACACAGAUGUUAUGGAUAUUAUAUUCAUGGUCGCUCUGUGCACGGCCACGCAGAUACCAACAUGGAAGAAAUUAAUAUGAAUUUAAAGAGAGAAGCGGUGAGAUGUACAUUGCUUUUAUUUGAUCCUUUUCCUGUUCUCUUUUCUUUUCUACAUUUUUUAUUGAUAAAUUAUACUACUCUUACACGUGGUCAUAAAGUAAUGGCUAUGUAUAUAAUGGACACAGGGCAAGCUCCUGCAAAAACUUUAACUGUUUCAGGUAUAAAACCAUUUUUCAUAAUGUGGAUUCCUAUAACUAAAUAACAGUGUAGGCAUUUAUUGUUUUCCAAGUGGACUAGAAUACCAAACUGUUUACGUAAUUGGAUACUAUAAGCUCAAAACAUCUACAGCUUAUUGUAAUGGUUAUUGGAAAUGCAGUCUUUGGCUGCAGUCUACCAGUUUUUGUGAAAUUGUUUUUGAGCAGUUUGACAAAAAUCUGUGAAUUCAAGGUGAAUUUCAAAUUAAAGGCCAAAGUAGCUGAACACAGAGAAUAUCAUUGCCAUGCAGAUUUGGGCGCUUCAUGUUUCCCUGUUGAAGCUGGUGAUUUCGAUCAUCUCCUGGUUUAUGCUUAGUUUCCUUUGAAACUUUAAUUCUAUGUGGGUUGAUUUGAUUGGCCCCCUAUUUUCUUAAAGCUUUAAUGCCAUUUCCGGGCGAGCAACACCCCCCCCCCCUUUGUUAAUUGCCACUAUCACUAUUAUCCAUAAGAAAGGGUAUUACCAAACUGAUAGUGGAAGCUGCCGCCCAAUCUUCCUCCUCAAUGAGGACUUAAAAUUAUUUGCAAAAAUCCUGACUACUCAAUUAAAGCCUCAUAUCCCAACUCAGACCAGUUAUGAUUUUUGCAUGGAAUGAAAGCUUGCUGCAAUACGAUGAGGGCAGUGGGCCUGCUUCCGGGGUUGGUCCCUGGGACUCCCUUAUCACUCUUACUCUCUACUGACACAGAUAAAGCAUCUGACAGAGUGGAUUGGGGCUACCUCAGGGAGUCCUCCUAAAUAAGCAGCUUGGGCCCAUCUAUAAGAAAUUGUCCUGAUAUGGCAUACCUCAGACAUCAUUCAAAGUAAAGGGAUAUCACUCUGCCCCAUUCUCCCUCUGGAUACAGACCUGCCCCAUGUCACCCUUGCUGUUCAUCUUGGUGUUUGAGCCUUUUCUUAAUGCAAACAAGUCCAGCGAGAGCUUCAGGGGUUCUGCACAGGCGGUGUCUAAAAUAAGGUGGCUGCCUUUGUGGACGAUAUAUUGUUUUUUUUAAUCGAAGGCCCUCAUCCACCCUGCCAGCCCUUAUCUCUGCUGUCCUUGAACUUAUGGUUAAACAGAGAAUGAGGGAAAAUUGCUAACAUACAAACAUCACAUUUUUUUCUGUUAUGCACACACUAUACUAUAGAAGUAUAGUCUUACAGACACCUUUAUUUUAGCAUAAUUGAUCUUUAAUUUCUAUUUUUAUUGCUAGAGAAAGACGAACACAUUCUAACAAAAACUAUCUGAUUGGAAUUAUGGGGUCAAGGAGGAUUUUUUUUCUCCUUUUUGUGGCAUAAUUGGAAAUGGCUAAAAAAUUGCCUUCUUUUGGAUCAACACCAUAAAUCAAGGUUGAACUCGAUGGACUUUGGGCUUUUUUUUAACCUAGAUAACUGUAACUAUGCAACUAAAUGUACGUCUACAUGUAUUCACGUUAAUCUUUAAUUUACCAAUGUGCCCAUAAUUAUAAUAAGGUUAUUAAUAUGUCAUUCUGUGGAUUUGCAGGAGAAUAUGUGCAGUCAACGAGGUUUGCAACCCAAUAAUGAUAUCCAGACGUUCCAGAUUUCAAUUUGUAACAGAAUGAGAAUACAGUUCGACCGCGUGCAUGCCAAUAUAACAAAGGUAGUAUUACAGAGAUAUGGAUACAAACAGAAAAAUAUCUUAAUGGUACUGACGUAAUCUGACAGGGAAAUUAAUUUAAUACAUUUAUUGUUUUGCUCUGUUUUAUGUUUUUCUUUAGUGAACCUGUCAUGGCAGGUUCGCUUCAACAUAAAUCCACCCAAAUGCAUUGAAUACCUGAUAUAUCACAGAAAACCAUACUACAUUUAUUGUAAAAUUCUAAGAUACUAACUCAACUCUCCUCUGAUCCAGCAUCACCAUGUCCUCACGUUCAUGGGUGUUUCACUUCUGUAACACGGACUUCCUAUCCGACUGCACUCCAUCCACUCUUUUCUUUCUUGCACUCUCAUUAUCCUCUCAUUUCCCUGCUUGAUGACGUUUGAAAGAGUAAGCCUCUUUCAUGACGCUGAAAUGCUGGCUUUCAUUACCAGUGUGCCAUCAUCUGAUGAGAGUAACGUCAGCUACUCCAUUCAUUUACUCACUAGCCAGCGCUAGCAGUGUAGGCUAGGGAGAUACAUAGCAACCACAGAGCAUGUGAGGUUACUUAUAUGCUUGGAGAACAGCGGGACCACCUAUGGGAUGUUUCUUCUGCUCUCCUUGUCACUCAAUUCCUAAGAACAGGAAUCUAUGCCAAAGAAUUGAUUGACAGAUGUGUGAAAGACCUUUUUUUUAAAGAGUAUUUGUUUCAAUCUAUACAUUUGCUAGCAAUGUAUAGAUAGCAUUAAGAGCUUUCUCAUUUGAGCCAUAGUUAAUACCAUAGUACCACGACAAUUACACUUUGAUAAAUAUAUAAUUAUUAUUAAUUUUUUUUUUUAGAAGCUAAUUUUAUUUAUGGUUACAUUUUUAUAAAUUUAAAAUCUAUGUAUACCCAAACAAAGGAGAAAACAAAGUAUUCAUGACAAGAACUGUUUUGUUCAAGAGCAUCCUUAACAUCAUUUUUUUAAAGGAUACUGAAAGCUCUCUUUUCAAGACAUACAUAAAUGUAUAGUUAAUACAAAGAGAAAGUUAUCUGCGCUCUGGCCCAAAUCCCCAUGUACAUUUAAACAAAAUGGAGGCUCUUUAGUUUUAUUCCAAUGGCCAUUUGAAUAAAUAAGCUCACCUGCCACAUCAAGGCAAGCCUCAAUAGGUGAGUUCCUACACUAGCCAUUAGAUUUGCUGAUAUCAGCCAAGAAUCUCCAGAAAGACAGGAAGGGGUAUUUUAUAAACCCUUUCACAUUUAACCCUUUAUAGGGCUUCUACACAUACAAUAAACUUUGCAAGUAUCAGACAAAGGUAAAUGUCUCUAAUGAGACAAGAAGGGGUGUUUUAUAAACCCCUACAUACUUAUUAUUCAAAGCUGAAAAAUAUAAAAACAAAUUAUGUUGGGUAUCCAGGUUUAACAGUAAUAAACCUAAAGUUUCUAAACAAAAGUAUAUAUUUUCCAAUACAUACACCACAAAUUAUUUAGUUGGCGUCUUUAGUUUUGAAAGAUGGAAACAUGAUGCUUGGCUUAUGUCUCACUUUUUGGCGGGUGAGUAGGCCACUGCUUUAAAUUUCUAUCAUAGCGGGGUUUUUUUUUUUUUUUAAUGGGGUAUGUUCCAGAUUUACCCUUAUAUUUCACUAAAUCAAGAAGAGAGAUUUUGAACCCUUAAAAAACAAGCUAACUCUUUGUUCACUGUGUUAUACAGACCAAUUGGUUGACUUGUUUUUUUUCCAUAUGUUUUUUUUGUGGAAAUAGCAUUAGGGGAAGCGGUAUAGGCUCCUUAUUAUAAUGUAAGCCUUCCUGCUCACUCACGAUCGCUGCAAGUGAGCAGAGAGUCUGGGGAGCAGACUGUGUGUGCCUGUAAGCAUUUCUUGACAUAUCUUUGAUGUCUUCAGCUACUCCUAGAAUCUGUGUCUGAUUAAUUAGAAUAACCUAAAUCUGUAUUUAGACAUUCCAAAAACAAAUGAUAUGUGAAAAUGAGAUGCAUUUAAAAAUGUUGUUUUUCUGUUUUGUUAAAAAGGAUAUAUACAGGGCUAUAAAACGAAUGUAAAAGUAAUUGCUUACUCAUCCACCGUAAUAUAUAUAUAGCCCUUUCCAUAAUUAUGUCGUUAGUUCUUCAGUACACAUUAAUAAUAACUUGGGAUGUCACAAAAUAGCCUGAUAGUGGUUAAUACUAAGGAUUCUGGCAAGCAAGCACAUAAAAUGUUCUAAUGCAUGGAUUCUUUCACCAGAGGUCAUCAGACGCACCCAUAAUAUGACAUGUAGUGACUUUAUAUAUUAAAUUGUACUGUUUUCAAAGUUUAACAAAAGUUUUAGUCGAGCCUUAAUUAGAGGGUGAACAAUCUAGUGGUAGUAGGAGAAAAUGGGGGGUAACCCCUAAUAUAUAUAUCUCAAACAGCAAAAAAAUUGGAAAUAAAACAAAAAGAAAAAAUUGUAGUAACAAAAACUUCCUGGCAAAACGCGCGCAUCAGGGGCUCAGGACAUCUAAUCGGUAAUUGCCAAGAUCUGCACUGACAGAAUACUAAUCUAGUGUAUAGACGUCCUGCACAUUUUUAGGGAUAUAGCAGUCCAAAGAUCGACUAUUUACCUUUACUUAUUACUAAUUUGAAGUGGUGGGAAUAAGACAGAAUAGACAGGUUUUUUAUUAAGGGGUGCCCUCAAAGGCACAUGAGAUAAGAAUCUUUUACCUUGAAGGUUCCCUCCAAAGAACUAUAGACCAGCUAUAUUAGCUUACUGAUUUUAGUACCCUUGUGUUGCUUCUUACAAUGUUAACUAUACAAUAGGAGCUCAGAAAUACAGCAGGUCUGUUCUAAAGAAUAAAACCAGUUUUUUCUUUUACUGAUACAUUUUUCUGAUCUGUCUGCACUAUUCUAUGUAAGAGAUUCAGGUCUAUUUAGAACCAACCUGACAAGAUAUUUUAUAAAUCAAAGACUGCUACUUUGUAACGAUUGUAUACACAGCACGAGAAAUGUAUCUUUAUUAACAGCACAGAGAAAAGUCUAUCUGCCCUUGUGUAACUGCUAAACAAAACAAUUUGAGCAUUGCAUCCUAAGUUAGUAAUAACUCAGUAAUAAUUGUAACUGCUUUAUAUGACUAAAGGAGGCACCUCAGGACUGAUUAUCUCCUUUAAUCAUUUUGAUUGAUAUUGGCUAAAUACAGUUAGGUCCAUAAAUAUUGGGACAUCGACACAAUUCUAAUCUUUUUGGCUCUAUACACCAACACAAUGGGUUUGAAAUGAAACAAACAAGAUGUGCUUUAACUGCAGACUUAUAGCUUUAACAUGAGGGUAUUUACAUCCAAAUCAGGUGAACGGUGUAGGAAUUACAACAGUUUGUAUAUGUGCCUCCCACUUUUUAAGGGACCAAAAGUAAUGGGACAGAUUAACAGUCAUAAAUCAAACUUUCACUCUUUAAUACAUGGUUGCAAAUCCUUUGCAGUCAAUUACAGCCUGAAGUCUGGAACGCAUAGACAUCACCAGAUGCUGGGUUUCAUCCCUGGUGAUGCUCUGCCAGGCCUCUACUGCAACUGUCUUCAGUUCCUGCUUGUUCUUGGGGCAUUUUCCCUUCAGUUUUGUCUUCAUCAAGUGAAAUGCAUGCUCAAUCGGAUUCAGGUCAGGUGAUUGACUUGGCCAUUGCAUAACAUUCCACUUCUUUCCCUUAAAAAACUCUUUGGUUGCUUUUGCAGUAUGCUUCGGGUCAUUGUCCAUCUGCACUGUGAAGCGCCGUCCAAUGAGUUCUGAAGCAUUUGGCUGAAUAUGAGCAGAUAAUAUUGCCCGAAACACUUCAGAAUUCAUCCUGCUGCUUUUGUCAGCAGUCACAUCAUCAAUAAAUACAAGAGAACCAGUUCCAUUGGCAGCCAUACAUGCCAACGCCAUGACACUACCACAACCAUGCUUCACUGAUGAGGUGGUAUGCUUUGGAUCAUGAGCAGUUCCUUUCCUUCUCCAUACUCUUCUCUUCCCAUCACUCUGGUACAAGUUGAUCUUGGUCUCAUCUGUCCACAGGAUAUUGUUCCAGAACUGUGAAGGCUUUUUUAGAUGUUGUUUGGCAAACUCUAAUCUGGCCUGUUUUUGAGGCUCACCAAUGGUUUACAUCUUGUGGUGAACCCUCUGUAUUCACUCUGGUGAAGUCUUCUCUUGAUUGUUGACUUUAACACACAUACACCUACCUCCUGGAGAGUGUUCUUGAUCUGGCCAACUGUUGUGAAGGGUGUUUUCUUCACCAGGGAAAGAAUUCUUCGGUCAUCCACCACAGUUGUUUUUCCAUGGUCUUACGGGUCUUUUGGUGUUGCUGAGCUCACCGGUGCGUUCUUUCUUUUUAAGGAUGUUCCAAACAGUUGAUUUGGCAACACCUAAUGUUUUUGCUAUCUCUCUGAUGGGUUUGUUUUGUUUUUUUCAGCCUAAUGAUGGCUUGCUUCACUGAUAGUGAAAGCUCUUUGGAUCUCAUAUUGAGAGUUGACAGCAAGAGAUUCCAAAUGCAAAUAGCAUACUUGAAAUGAACUCUGGACCUUUUAUCUGCUCCUUGUAAAUUGGAUAAUGAGGGAAUAACACACACCUGGCCAUGGAACAGCUGAGCAGCCAAUUGUCCCAUUACUUUUGGUCCCUUGAAAAGUGGAAGGCACAUAUACAAACUGUUGUAAUUCCUACACCGUUCACCUGAUUUGGAUGUAAAUAGCCUCAUAUUAAAGCUGAAAGUCUGCGGUUAAGGCACAUCUUGUUCAUUUCAUUUCAAAUCCAUUGUGUUGGUGUAUAGAGCCAAAAAGAUUAGAAUUGUGUCGAUGUCCCAAUAUUUAUGGACCUGACUGUAUACUAUACAAUCCACUUUGUAAAUAGGAUCUGUACUGGUAUCUUACAAACAGAUUUGGGACCACUUACCCUAUUUUAAUAUUGCUUGUCACACUUGCUAUAUUUUAUGCAUUAACAUAUUAAAAGUUAAAUUUUAUUAAUAGACAUAUUAAGACUCAAUUUAGAUAUAUUUUUUCCUAACCUCUGGUGACACCUACUGGUAGUUUUUUGUUACUACAAUUUUUUAUUUUUGUUUUAUUUCCAAUUUUUUUGCUGUUUGUGUUUUCAAAGUUUGUUUGUUUUUUUCAUUUGUUUUAGAGGAACGGCCCUUCUAGGUUUUUGCAAUCAUCUUCAACUACUUCUGAACAGAGCACAAAGGCAUACCAUACCAUGAAUAAAUUCCUUAGCUCCUUUAUUGAUCAUGUAAGUACCAAAUGAUUUAUGCCUGAAUAUAACGCAAACAAAGAAACCGCUUGAUGCCGUAGCAACAGUAUUGUUUGUUGAUGACAAUGAUCUAAAAAACAUUUUAUACAGAUUAGAGUGCCAGAGGAUUGGACUUCAGAAUGAGUAGAAAAGAUUAUACACAAAUAUUGAUCAUAAAUGAUAUAUUGUCAUAAAUUAAGAGGUCUUGUAACUAUCAGUGAAGCUACUCUAUUUCAAUUUAUCUGCUAUGUUAUUUUAACAGUGAUGUCAAUUUGUGUGUGUGUGUGUAUGUCUUGGUUUAUUAAGGUUAUGCAGGUGCAUAUUAGUCUAUGCCUUUAUAAAAUAUAGUAAUAUAUCUGCAGUAUGUAUCUUGCCAACACAGAGAGGUGGUAUUUUAGACACGAUUGGAUGUCUGUUGUUCCUCACUUGAUGCUUGUCGUAUUAAAUACAUAAUAUAUGUAGAUGCUGACCCUCAAUCUAGUUACAUAUUUUUUCAUCCAAAUGUAGUACAAGUGGAAGUGCAGUUAGCGACUCGUAAAGUACUCAAUAUGGCAUAUGGUCUUUGCAGUAAAAGGUUCUCUACAAGUCCCAGUAUAACUAAAUUGCAUCUGAAUGUACAUGUAUAAAUGACCAAGGAUGUAAUUGUCCUACAACUCACAUACAAUUUUAUCUGAAAAAGGACAAGUACAUUUUAUUAAUCUUUUUUUUUUUUACUAGUCCACAAGUUUGUCCAAUACAAUUUAAGCACUCUAUUAACAUUUUGUUUAUAAAAUGCAGGCGUUUAAGGAUAUGGAUUACUUUGUAAAAGAUAAAUUAUUUCUGGAACGAAUGCUCAGCAUGGAAUUUAUGGAACCUAUGGAUAAAAGCAUCUUCUAUAAUGGUACAGUAUGGAUCUUUCUACUUAAUUUUGCUAUGAGCAUGUAUGCUCAAAUCUCAUUUAAUUAAAGAAUGAGCUAAGACAUUCUGCUUGAGAAUUAUAUGUGUCACUCACAUUACUGAAUGCAUUUAGUUACUGUCUCAUUAGCAAAUGAUUGCAUGUGCAUUAAUUACAUAAUGCAAAUGGGAAUCAGCACGUUCCAUAGAUCUCAUAUUAUAGCUUUUACCAUUCCUCUUGCAACAAAGCACUUGGGAUUUGCAACUCUGAGAUUAAUCUGUAUAAAUGUAAACUCCUUUGCAGUUCUGUUUCUUACAUUGAAGGUCAUUCUACAUCCUCAUAUGCUACAAAGAUGUAUGUUCCCAGCUGCACUCCAGCAGUGAAGAGCAGUUGUUUGUUUUAUAAGCAGUGUGCUGAUGCUUGUAUGUAUCAUAUAUAAUCUUUGGCACCCUAUUAAUAUACUCUUGUUCAGCAAAGGCUUUAUUUUACAUAUUUUUUUAAAUAAUAUUAUGCCCCUAUCAUUUUAACCCUGCAACUGAAAAUAUUGUUAUUUUACAGAAAGGGCAAUGUUUACAUUGCAGGGUUAACAUGCCUCUAGUAGCUGUCAAGUGCUUUCACCCCAAAAGCCAGGUUAAAUCGUCUAUUCAAACAGAUGGUCUCGUAGAGGCCAUUUAUUGGCCGUGCAUGCGCACUAGCCUCCUAAUGUUUUCCUACUGCUAUAGUGUUCCUUUAACCCCUUACGACCAAACUUCUGGAAUAAAAGGGAAUCAUGACAUGUCACACAUGUCAUGUGUCCUUAAGGGGUUAAUAAGCUUUCCAGAUGAUUCAAUGCGGUGAGCAAAACUUUCAAAAUGAUUUAUUUAUUUAUGGUAAUUUUUCUAGAUAAAUCAUUUGGAACAUUUUUCUAACAGUAUUAAAUUACUUGGAAAGUUUAUUAAAUUAAUGUCUAAAUAGCAAGCUGCUCAGAUAAAGCAGAAAAUAUACUUCCACUUGUCCACAUAAACUUGAUGGCAAUAAAAGACUGUGAUCUCUGGUAGCGGGUUAGUCCAGUGCUUAUAGCCUUUUAUUGCCUUUUAUGGUUGGACCCAAAGACUUAUUGCAUCAUUACAGCCUUAGUGCUUAUUUUAAACCAUCACCUUUAUUUAGUCACAAUAACAUUCAGAUUAUGGAACGGCCAUGCUGCAUACAGGCCAUGUUUAAAGCUUUUUGCAGCAAUAGCUGCGUAUGCAUAAGAAAAUAUCAACACUUUUUUCCCUACCACAACUCUAUUGGUAUGUACUUUACAAGUAACGCCAAGCCUCCAUAGCAAGACGGUAAUCAAUCUCAUGCUGAUGAGUUGCAUUAACAACAAAAUGGCUGUCCAUAAGUGGUUCACUGGCUUUGCUCCUCUUCCCGAGUUGUGUUUCAAAGCUGUUGUGUACAAGUGGAAUUAUGAGGCAAAAAUGUGGUUCUUUGUUGAACUAAUUUGCAUAUGCCUACCCAGAAUCCCGUGCAGUAGUGAGAGCACUGUUAAAGUGAGAUUUCUGUGGGAAAAGGAAUAAACCACUGGUAACUAUAACAAUACAAAGAUGUGGGCAGCUACAUACAGAAACAAGUGACUUGCAGAGAAGAAACUCAAAAUAUAAAGUAUAUAGUAUGUGCGCUCCUAAAUUAUAUACAAAACUAAAACAACUGUUUCUAUAGAAAAACGGACAUAUCUUUAAUAGAAAAUAAAACCAACAGAUAAAAUAACGAGAUUCUGCUAAACUCCUUACUCCUCUCUAAAGCACUCAGUCUCUGUAUAGAGGCACUUCUCAUAUACAAGUGAAUCCUAAUAGUUCUAAAUAGGUAGAUGUUGAAUACCCCAAUCACAGCAUACUGUGGCAACAGAUUGUGCUAAAUAAUCAAAAUACAAGGCUUGAUUUAUGGGACAAACAGAUACAUUUUGAUAUUUAGAUAUACCAAAAUACAAGUAGUACAGUCUCAAUAGAUGUCACCUUAAAUAGAAAAAUCUGUUAAAGAUAUAUCUCCUCCAAAAAGACCGGAGAGAUAUAUACUCUAGAGACUAAAGAACGAGAGAUAACUCUAAAGACCACAAUCCCAUAGGAUGUCAAAACUAUUAACGAAAAAAAACAAUAAAUAAAUAAAAAUGAAUAGUUAGGUCACCAAAACACUUCAAGCCGGGAAUGUUGCAACAGUAUUAUUAAAUGAAGACUCGUGUAGCAACCCAGCGUGAAGAGUUAAAAAGUGUCAAUAUGUAACAAAUAUGAAACACCUAAAUGUAAUAACAAUAAGCCAAGUGAUGGAAACUAAGAAACUAGUUUCAAUGAGGGCUGCUAGUCAUUGCUGAGCGCUCAGUAGUGAUGUAACACUUGUAAAUGGACAGACAUACUUUAUAUUUAGAGUUUCUGUGGGAAAAGCAAGCCUUAUGGCUUAACUGAUGUGUGUAUUUGUGUUUAGCAAUGUUUUAACUAUCCACUUACUUCAGAUGGAAGGGGUUUUCAUCCACACUUUUCUCCCCACCACAACUCUUUUGGUAUGUAUGAAAAAUACCAAAAUAGAUCCCAAUGCCAAGAAAAGUGUAUCCUUUCAAAAAUAGGUUUAGUUACUAGUGUAUAAAACGGUGCGAAAAUAUAGAAAAUAUAUAAUAAAAAUAUAUAUAAAUAUAUAUUUAUUUUCCUUCUUACAGAUCUGAAACAUUCUUUCAGCAAUGUUCUGUUCUAUGGGAAUGAGUCAACUCUUCUUGUCUUUGACAUGCUGUUUUUCUGUGUAGUUGAUAUUGCAUCACAAAAUUUUGUUUUGGCAGCAAUACUCACAUAUCUUCAAAGUGAGGUAAGUUUUUUUUUUUUUGUUAGGGGGUGGGGUUGGGUGAAGGGUUGACUGUCGUAUUACAACCUUUAUCUUUUUUAAGUAAAAUUAAGAAAUAAUUAGCAUAACGUUGACAUACCAUUAAAUGCAAUAAAACAUAACCCUCCCCUAUAAUGUAGUUUGCCUGUACAGCAAAACUAUUACUCAAACCAAUUUUCAAAUUAUAGCAAUCAACCUUUCUUUGUGUGGUUUUUAUGUAUAUUUUUUUUAAAUGUGCUGUUUCCUUGGACUGUUUAUGUUCAGUGUAUAAGCAGUACCAAAGGUUUUGAUAUGUAACUAAUUUAGGCAGUGUUGGAUAUUCUGUGAAAUAUAUAUAUAUAUAUAUAUAUAUACAGUAUCUCAAAAAAAUUAGUACACCCCUCACAUUUUUGUAAAUAUUUUAUUAUAUCUUUUCAUGUGACAACACUGAAGAAAUGACAAUGUGCUACAAUGUUAAGUAGUAAGUUUACAGCCUGUAUAACAGUGUAAAUUUGCUGCCCCCUCAAAAUAACUCAAUACACAUCCAUUAAUGCCUAAACCGUUGGCAACAAAAGUGAGUACACCCGGAAGUGGAAAUGUCCAAAUUGGGCCCAAUUAGCAGUUUUCCCUCCCCCGGUGUCAUGUGACUCGUUAGUGUUACAAGGUCUCAGAUAUGAAUGGAGAGCAGGUGUGUUAAAUCUGGUGUUAUCGCUCUCACACUUUCUCAUACUGGUCACUGGAAGUUCAACAUGGCCCCUACUCACAAAGAACUCUCUGAGGAUCUGAAAAAAAGGAUUGUUGCGCUACAUAAAGAUGGGCUAGACCAUACAGCAGUUUCACAGGACAUGUUCCACUUAGAACAGGCCUCGCCAUGGUUGACCAAAGAAGUUGAGUGCACGUGCUCCGCGUCAUUUCCAGAGAUUGUCUUUGAGAAAUAGAAGUAUGAGUGCUGACUGCAUUGCUGCAGAGGUUGAAGGGGUGGGGGGUCAGCCUGUCAGUGCUCAGACCAAACACUGCACACUGCAUCAAAUUGGUCUGCAUGGCUGUUGUCCCAGAAGGAAGCCUCUUCUAAAGAUGAUGCACAGGGAGCCCGCAAACAGUUUGCUGAAGACAAGCAGACUAAGGACAUGAACUACUGCAACCAUGUCCUGUUCUCCGAAAAGACCGAGACAAACUUAUUUGGUUCAGAUAGUGUCAAGCGUGUGUGGCGGCAACCAGGUGAAGAAUAUUUCCUUUCAAGACUUGAUGAAAAUAUAUUUUAAAAUGGUGUUGAGGUGACAGUUUUCAUUUGAAGCGCACUCGCCAUCUGAUAAUGACAUCACCACUGGGGGUCCGGUGGCCAUAGAGUGCAGAAAAAAGGGAGAUUUACUUACCUGAAUGUAACGGAUCGCCUGGCACCCCGACUGGGUACCUCCGUUGAAAGAUGGUCCUAGCGCUUCCUGAGGACUCCAAGCACUGCAGCAGACGCCACAAUCACCGAACCAGAGAAGCGUGUACCUUCUCUCAAGCAUAUGAAUGCUGUAGACAGUUGAAUAGGAACCAUACGAAUAGGUUUACUCUCCUAGCAGUCAAACUGGAACAGCAUACAAUAAAUCCUUCCCCCAAUAAUGAGACGACACUUCACUUUGAGGGUUAAAACAGGAACUCCCUGUACUGUCACAUACAGUCUCUUUUAUUCCCAAUCCACAAACAUAGUACAGCCCACAGGGCGUUACAAAACAACCAAUCACAUCACAGUUACAUCCCACAUAUUCCCUCCCCUUAUCCUGAGAGGAAACUCAAUUAUACAUACAGUUAAAACAUACUUUCUACCCAACUUUCAUAACUCCAAAACCAUACAUCACAUUCACAUAAAAUUACAUAUUCACAAUCAAUCCAUUCAGGGGAACAACAUAUUCAAAAAUGGCACAAAUCAGACAAGGGGUUCAAAAGUUAGUAAAAAGUCCUUUGUGACUAAAUGAAGCAUGGCUUUCUGGCCCAAACCAGUUUCAGAGUCUUCUAUCCUGGAGAGUAAUUCAAUUAUCUCCCAGGACAGACACAAGACUCCAUUAAGCACAUGGUUGCAAAAAGACACAAAACACUUUAAAAUACAUAAAGUCACAUUUACACAUAACACACAGACAUUUCACAUAUCCCCAGAUAGCUGGGAUCUGAGUGCACAUUAUUAGAUGAAUGGCACUCAGAUCACACAAAUAAGCCUUUCUGCAGGGGAAAUAAACAGUUUAACCUGCAGGGCCAUAGUCCAAAGGGAGCAGGCGAGCAACCAGGCUUCUCCAGUUCACAGUGGCGAGGUUGGUUUCGCCACACUUCUCCCCUUUACCAACUAGACUAACAGGGUAUCUGACCUCCUGCCGGUCAGUGCCCUGGUUAGUCCAGCAACCCACCCACAAAACAGAAACAGCAGUACAGCCCACCCACAAUAACUGGUUACUACACCUGGGUAGAGGAAAACUUUGUCCAUGUCCAGGUGCCUCACCACGACUGUGUGGGCAACUGUUAGGCUGCCUUGGUGGGUUGCUGAGUGGGCAGAGACCAGCGGUACUCUGCCCUGAUGCCAGUGCUACCACGGAAGUAGCCUGGUGGGAGCCUGGUUGUGGGAGGGAGAGACCGACUGUCUCCCCUCUGGAUACACCGCUCUGUGGCUGGGGAACAGGACCGACUGUCCCUACCCCUUGUGCUGUAAGUGCAGAGACUACAGUCCCAUCUGCACUGUUGGGGGGUGUAACAUCUCCCCUUGCUGGGUUAGGCUGCCGCUGGAGAGAGGGUGUAACAAGCUCCUCUCUCUGAACUGUAAACUGCCGCUGGGGAGAGGGGGUAUCAGGCUCCUCUCCCUGACACUCUCUCUGCUGGUGGAGAGGGGGACCAGCUGUCUCCCCUUUCAUUAUUUUGUCCUGUGGUUGGGGUGCGAGACUGACGGUCUCUGCUCCCUGCAGGACACUCUGCCGCUGGGGAGGAAGGACGGCACCUUCAGCUCCCUGGGGUACACACUGCCGCUGGGGAGGAAGGACUGCACCUUCAGCUCCCUGGGGUACACACUGCCGCUGGGGAGGAAGGACUGCACCUUCAGCUCCCUGGGGUGCACACUGCCGCUGGGGAGGAAGGACUGCACCUUCAGCUCCCUGGGGUACAUACUGCCGCUGGAGAUCUGGGCCGACCGCCCAGCAUCCCUGUAGGGCCGGUUGAGAGACCGCCGUCCCAUCUCCACCUGCCAUCUGUGGGUCUGCCCAGGACCAGUCUGUGAGGUCCCUCAACAUUUGCGAGUAAGGACCACCUGCUUCCGCACCUGGCAACUCCGGCUGCUGCUGGGGAUCUGGGCCGGUCCCAUCUCCACAUGCCUGUUGUGGUUCCUCACAGGACCAGUCUAUGAGGACCCCUACUUCGGGUUCCUGCGGCCGCCUCAGGGGGAGACGGCUAGCCUCCUCGGAUGCAGCCUCUACUCGGCUGCUGUAACACUCCUUCCGCUGAGCAUACUCUCUCUCUUUCGCCCGCCGGAAUUCUCGGGCCAGCCUUGUGUUUCGCUCGGCCGUGACCUGGUUCCAGAUCACCCGGCGUACCUCCAUGGCUAAAUCAUCCCCAUACUCGGCCACUCGCUGCCUCACCUCGGCCAUCCAAUCAUCGCCAGAGCCUUCCAUACUUGUCUGCUCCAAGUCGCUGGAUACCUCUGCUCCCAGGGUCGCUGCACGUGUGCUAGCGUUGCCCUCAAUUUGUAAAUCCAAACAAACUGUGUCUCUGAGCUGCUUUACCUCGCACUAGGACGCCAUCCCACCGCUGCCACCAAUGUAACGGAUCACCUGGCACCUCGACUGGGUACCUCCGUUGAAGGAUGCUCCUAGCGCUUCCUGAGGACUCCAAGCACUGCAGCAGACACCACAACCACCGAACCGGAGAAGCAUAUGAAUCCUCUUAAGCAUAUGAAUGCUGUAGACAGUUGAAUAGGAACCAUACGAAUAGGUUUACUCUCCUAGCAGUCAAACUGGAACAGCAUACAAUAAAUCCUUUCCCCAAUAAUGAGACGACACUUCACUUUGAGGGUUAAAACAGGAACUCCCUGUACUGUCACAUACAGUCUCUUUUAUACCCAAUCCACAAACAUAGUACAGCCCACAGGGCGUUACAAAACAACCAAUCACAUCACAGUUACAUCCCACAUAUUCCCUCCCCUUAUACUGAGAGGAAACUCAAUUAUACAUACAGUUAAAACAUACUUUCUACCCAACUUUCAUAACUCCAAAACCAUACAUCACAUUCACAUAAAAUUACAUAUUCACAAUCAAUCCAUUCAGGGAAACAACUUUUUAAAAAAUGGCACGAAUCAGACCAGGGGUUCAAAAGUUAAGGGAAAGUCCUUGGUGACUAAAUGAAGCAUGGCUUUCUGGCCCAAACUAGUUUCAGAGUCUUCUAUCCUGGAGAGUAAUUCAAUUAUCUCCCAGGAUAGACACAAGACUCCAUUAAGCACAUGGUUGCAAAAAGACACAAAACAUUUUAAAAUACAUAAAGUCACAUUUACACAUAACACACAGACAUUUCACAUAUCCCCAGAUAGCUGGGAUCUGAGUGCACAUUAUUAGAUGAAUGGCACUCAGAUCACACAAAUAAGCCUUUCUGCAGGGGAAAUAAACAGUUUAACCUGCACGGCCAUAGUCCAAAGGGAGCAGGCGAGCAACCAGGCUUCUCCAGUUCACAGUGGCGAGGUUGGUUUCGCCACACUGAACCUGUCCGACAAGGGCGCUGCCAUCCUCUUCCAUCCGCUUUUCUUCAGCCCGUGGCACUUCAGCUGCCAGGAGCCGACUUCAGCUCUGUACUCUCGAUUCAGUGAAAUUCCAGCACAGUCAGUCUGAGUAUUUCAUAAGGAUUCAAUGUUUAUGAAAUACUCAUUUUUGAUGAGUCAUUUCCAGAGAUUGUCUUUGGGAAAUAGAAGUAUAAGUGCUGUCUGCAUUGCUGCAGAGGUUGAAGGGGUGGGGGGUCAGCCUGUCAGUGCUCAGACGAUACGCCGCACACUGCAUCAAAUUGGUCUGCAUGGCUGUUGUCCCAGAAGGAAGCCUCUUUUAAAGAUGAUGCACAGGGAGCCCGCAAACAGUUUGCUGAAGACAAGCAGACUAAGGACAUGAACUACUGGAACCAUGUCCUAUGCUCCGAAAAGACCGAGAUAAACUUAUUUGGUUCAGAUGGUGUCAAGCGUUUGUGGCGGCAACCAGGUGAGGAGUAUUUCCUUUCAAGACUUGAUGAAAAUAUAUUUUAAAAUGGUGUUGAGGUGACAGUUUUAAUUUGAAGCACACUCGCCAUCCGAUAAUGACAUCACCACUGGGGGUCCGGUGGCUAUAGAGUGCAGAGAAAAGGGAGAUUUACUUACCUGAACCUUUCCGACAAGGGCGUUGCCAUCCUCUUCCAUCCGCUUUUCUUCAGCCCCUGGCACUUCAGCUGCCAGGAGCCGACAUCAGCUCUGUACUCUCGAUUCAGUGAAAUUCCAGCACAGUCAAUCUGAGUAUUUCAUAAGGAUUCAAUGUUUAUGAAAUACUCAUUUUUGAUGAGUCAUAUCCAGAGAUUGUCUUUGGGAAAUAGAAGUAUGAGUGCUGCCUGCAUUGCUGCAGAGGUUGAAGGGGUGGGGGGUCAGCCUGUCAGUGCUCAGACCAUACGCCGCACACUGCAUCAAAUUGGUCUGCAUGGCUGUUGUCCCAGAAGGAAGCCUCUUCUAAAGAUGAUGCACAGGAAGCCCACAAACAGUUUGCUGAAGACAAGCAGACUAAGGACAUGAACUACUGGAAGCAUGUCCUGUGCGCCGAAAAGACCAAGAUAAACUUAUUUGGUUCAGAUGGUGUCAAGCGUGUGUGGCGGCAACCAGGUGAGGAGUACAAAGACAAGUGUAUUUUGCCUACAAUCAAGCGUGGUGGUGGGAGUGUCAUGGUCUGGGCCUGCAUGAGUGCUGCCGGCACUGAGGUACUACAGUUCAUUGAGGGAACCAUGAAUGCCAGCAUGUACUGUGACAUACUGAAGCAGAGCAUGAUCCCCUCCCUUCGGAGACUGGGCUACAGGGCAGUAUUCCAACAUGGUAACAAGCCCAAACACACCUCCAAGACAACCAAUGCCUUGCUAAAGAAGCUGAAGGUAAAGGUGAUGGACUCGCCAAGCAUGUCUCCAUACCUAAACCCUAUUGAGCAUCCUCAAACGGAAGGUGGGUGAGCGCAAGGUCUCUAACAUCCACUAACUCCGUGAUGUCGUCAUGAAGGAGUGGAAGAGGACUCCAGUAGCAACCUGUGAAGCUCUGGUAAACACCAUGGGUUUAGGCAGUGCUGGAAAAUAAUGAUGGUCACACAAAAUAUUGACACUUUGGGCCCAAUUUGGACAUUUCUACUUAGGGGUGUACUCACUUUUGUUGCCAACGGUUUAGACAUUAAUGGCUGUGUGUUGGGUUAUUUUGAGGGGACAGCAAAUUUACACUGUUAUACAGGCUGUACACUUACUAUUUUACAUUGUAGCAGAGUGUCAUUUCUUCAGUGUUGUCACAUGAAAAGAUAAUAAAAUAUUUACAAAAAUGUGAGGGGUGUACUCACUUUUGUGAGAUACUGUGUAUGUGUAUAUAUAAAUAUGUAUGUAUGUAUUUAUAUUCUACAAAACGUCAAUGACUUUAAUGAAAAAUAUAAGAAUAACAGCAGAAAAUCCUACCAACAAAAGUAUUACAUGCAUUAUAAAUGUGUGAAUUUGUAUAUGUGUGUGCAUAUAAAUGUAUAUAUUGUAUGUCUUCUUUUUGCAUUUUCUUAUAAAAAAUAAAAUCAUAAUCAUAAUUUUCUCUUUCUUUUAAGUGUUUCCGGCUCAUCCGUGCCACGGCAGGACAGAAGAAUUUGGCAUCAAAAACUCUAAUAGACAAACGGUUCCUGAUUUAGAAAGACAGAUGUUGUAUACCAGCCCCAGCCAUUGGACCAGUGUUCAGAACAUUUUGUAAAUGUUCUUUGUGUAUUUAAUAUGAGAAUAUUUUUGUUAAUUAUAUGGAAAUGUAUUUUUGGAAGCAAAAUACAUUUUGAUUGUUCAAUCUUUCAUUUCUUGAAGAUGAAGUGCGGAUAUUGUCACAUAGAUUUUGUUUAUUUUUGACUUGAAGUAGAAUUUACAAUGUUUCUCUACAAUUUCAAGGGACUGACUUUUGCAUAACAUGGCAACGUUCUGUUGUUAAUCUUCUAUAAUUCUCUACAAUCUGCUAUAAAAAAAAACUCAUCCCUACCUUUAUUAUAGAACAGGUCAGCCAUUUACAUACACCUUGGGUCAGACAGUGUUUGAAAACCUCUAUAUAGUCUCUAUGGUAUUCGCUGCUCCACUCCCUGCACAGCACAGCGACAUUAUCAGACUGACUAACUGUUACAUUCUAACACUAUCUGACCCAAGGUGUAUGUAUAUGGCUGAAGGAUCCUGUCAUGUAAUAAAAACAGGGAUUUGUUUUUCUUUUUUUAAACAUACUUAAUUUAACACAGAAUCUAUUUCCUUUCAAGACUUGAUGAAAAGAUAUUUUAAAAUGGUGUUGAUGUGAAAGUUUUCUUUUGAAGCGCACUCGCCAUCCGAUAAUGACAUCACCACUGGGGGUCCGGUGGCCAUAGAGUGUAGAGAAAAGGGAGAUUUACUUACCUGAACCUUUCCGACAAGGGCGUUGCCAUCCUCUUCCAUCCGCUUUUCUUCAGCCCCUGGCACUUCAGCUGCCAGGAGCCGACUUCAGCUCUGUACUCUCGAUUCAGUGAAAUUCCAGCACAGUCAAUCUGAGUAUUUCAUAAGGAUUCAAUGUUUAUGAAAUACUCAUUUUUGAUAUUGGGGUGGCAUAGCCACUUUAGCAUGCGACUGGCAGCUCACACUGUAUUUUGUUUACUCGUUCAUACAUUUUUUGUCUUGAAUUAGGAGCUGUAAAUGGCUGUUUGCCAUGGAUGUGAAUGAGAGAGUACUUUGAGAUACAUUCUUCUGUACAUUCCUUGCUAUCUGUCUUAUCAUUUCUUUUCAGAAGUUAAACACAAAGUGGGUAGACCUGGGUCGAAAGGGGAUUUUGCAUUUUUUUAAUGGUUGGCAUUGUGCAAAAAAAAAAAAUCAGGGUGAUUCUUUUGUUCUGUAAUAACUGUUUAUCUUUAAUGUCAGAUUUCCAUAUUUAAUGCUUACUUUAACCAAGACAUGAUUUUCCUGGCAGUCACAAUUCAUAUAUUCAACAUAUAGAGCUUUGUGACAACCUUACAAUACCUGCACUAUAAUUGCUGCGAUAUUCAGUCAACCAUUAUAAAAACAGCUCUGUAACAGGAGGCAUAUCUCCAAUAUGAAAUUCCACUUAAAACAGUACCAGUUUAUAUGAUUUCUUUAAAAUAGGAAGUUAAGCUGUUUAAUACCAUUUUUAUAUUCAUACUUGUAGGGGGUGAAAAUGUCCCAAAUAUUAUUAUUUUAUUAUUUAUAUAGCUCCAUCAGAUUCCGUAGCGCUGUACAAUUCAUAUUGUUAUUCAUAUUGUUGAGGAUUUUGUUUACAAGCAAAUAUUAUAUAAAAUAUUUUCUUAAAUGUUGAAUUAAACCACAUUAGUG